AUGGCGGCUGCUCCAGAUCCAGAAGAAAUCCUUCGUUCGACGAGUGGAAAAGAAAAUUUCCAGCGCAUUACACGACUUUUAAUAAGUGGAGGGACCAGCCUACUGAGGGAGAUUUUUGACUCAAUAUAUCCUCCAAGUAGUCUUCCUACGAUUCUCAGCAAUCCAGUAACAAAAACAAGGGUAAAAGCUGCAAAACUCACCAGGCCACAGUGGCACUGUCUUUUCCCUUCCCCAGGGGUGUACGGCGAGUCAGCAGAUUUUGAUGUCACUCUGCUAGUCCGUUUGCUGAGGACAAUAUGCAACCUGACCCCUCCCUCCACAGGAUGGGAUGCUCUUCCACUAAGUGCAGAUCACAGUUUAACAGCUGAUAUAGCAAGAAUAAAGUACUACCGAAACUCAGUGUAUGGUCACGUGAACGAAGGCAUGGCAAUCAGAGAUAAUGAGUUUCAAACACUUUGGCAAGAAAUCAGUGAAGCUCUCGUGAGGAUCGCUGGGCAGAUCAGUUCUACAAGGAAAACUGCAUGGCAAGGAGCUAUUGCUAAAUAUUUGACAGAUCCUCUUACAACUGAAGAUGAACGAAAUGUGCAAGAACUUGAGGCAUGGUAUAAAAAUGAUAUGGAGAUCAAGAAAUCCAUAGAUGAAGUCGGUGAACGGAUAAGUCGUUUGGAGGUAAAGUUAAAAGUAAACAAAAAAAGACAAACAAAACAAAACCUAAACAUAAAUUGACAUUUCCGUUCUACAGAAAACUUUAAAGCUUUCAAAUUCGAUAGAUGUAUGCUUUUUCAUAAAGUCAAGGAGUUACUGGGUUAUUUUUAAGUUUACUGAUUUAGUGCAACAUAAAGCAACUUCUUUUUUGUCCCUGAUAUAGUGACUUAUGACACUUUGAAUUUUACAGAACAGACAAGAUUUGAUGGAGGCAAAAGUUCUUCAGGAAACAAAACAAAUUAAAGAUCUUCUGGAAGAGAAGAAUCAGUCAAGAGACAGACUCGCCUCUUCAAGUGCUGCAAAACCGUCAUCUAGUGGUGAGUUUCUUAAAACAUUAACCCUUUGCUCAGUGAACCGAGAGUUACCCAAUUGUUGUCACCUCUAUUAAGGGGCCACCAAGCGCUUGAUACACUUACUUUCACUUUGUGUUAAGAAUGAAAGAAAGUACAAUCCGAGAUAGAGGGUGAUGACUGAUUAUGGGCCAGUUCUGUUCCCGUCACGUGUUUGUUUCGAAAUAAAGUGAUGUUUCUUCUAAAGGUUAUUUUAUGACGAACCUCUAUUCAGCGGCCAAACUUUAAUUUUUCGGCCACAUGCCGGUACCCCCGAGGAUGGCCGCUUAAUAGAAGUUCAACCGUAAUUCCAAAAGCUUUUUGUUUUACAAUGGUGCUGUUGUUUUGCCUUUCCAAAAAUGAAACGAAAGAACGCACUUGUUACUUGUUAUUUGGUAGUUAUGCGCGUUUGCUAUUCGGUGGGCCAGUUAAAUACAUACUACAUACUAAGCAACGUCCACCUUGGCUCCACGUCUCCUUUUUCAACCAUUUCAACCAACCCUUAACAAUUUAACAACAUUGCGGCACUCACACGUGUCAGACACAAAAGAUCCUCACAUACGCGUGAUACAACGACGUCCAAGUGUUGGCCUGCGUAGCAGGUGCUAGGAAGUAAAUGGGCGCAAGAAAGAAUGGGCGCGCGUGGGGGAGACACGCCUUGCGCCCAUUUAUUUCCUAGCGCCUGCUACGCAGGCUAUCCAAGUGCACGCUUCGAGAACGUCUUGUUUCUAUUUCAGGCGAAAGGAGUCAUCAUAGCCGAGCGGUUAGAACACUGGAUUUGCAAUCCGGAGGCCCCGAGUUCAACUCCCGCCCAGACCGCUAGCCUCUCGAGCUUUUUUUCCGGGGGCUCCGAUUAAGAUUUAUAAGCAAGCUAUCAGUUUUUGGUAAAUCGGUGUUUUAAAGCAAAAAUUAUUGUUUAUUGUUUUCGGUCGGCUGAGUGCUUUUUUCACGUACGAUAGUUUAUGUAACACGAUUGUCGUCGGCUCAUGAGCAAAUCUCCGGUUAUCUAUCUGCAGUCGCUUUGUUACACACUAUAUUGUGGUAUUCAAUGUAACGUGGUCAUGUUCUAAUAAGCCUUCUUCUAGCAGUUUUACAUUGCGCUGUGAAGAAUGAAAUUCCAUGCACUGGGGAACUGGUGGGAGAAGUUGAACUUCGUACAAAUUUAGUCUGGCGCUGAGAGCAGUGUUGAGUGUUUUACUUCAUUUUUUUUUGCUUCAGGUUCCUAAUCACACAUUUGUACCGGUGCAGCGCUCUAACCAAUUGAGCUAGUAAGCCAGCUGAGAGUUGGUCUUUAAUUGUUGGUAAUAUACCCGGGAAAGAUGAAGGCGAAAUGAUGAAUAUAUGAAUUUCAUAUAUUUGAAUCGCGGAAUUAAAAAAACAAAUGAAGAGAACAUGAUCAUUGCAGUCAAAGACGCGACAUGGCGAAAAGAAAGCCUGAAAAAUUUAGGCUUUGCCGGGAUUUGACUAGUCUCCCUCGCAGCCGUUUUUUUGGAUGUCACGCAACGCGCUGGGGGAGCGUUGCGUGACAUCCAAAAAACGGCUGCGAGGGAGACUAGGAUUUGACUGGAGCUUGUCAUUUUUUGUGAAGCGAAAUAGAGAUACAGGUUAUAAUCAUAUUUAUUGGUCGUCUACAUCCACCUUUAACAGAUUUUUUUUUAUGUCAUUAGCUCUUCUUGAAUUAAAGAUUGACUGUGAGGCCAUUUCUGGACCUGGUCUGCAACAAGAAGCUAUGGUGAUAAAAGGGCAGCCACAGGAAUCCCAAGGAGUGAUCAAGGAAGGUUCAGUUGCAUCGGUCACCUUAAGUCAGUCACAAGUGUCAAACACAACUGCUUCCCUAAGUGGGAAUGUCGGAAACGGUGUCAUUUCUUCCUCACAAGAAAUCCUGAAUUUAAUUGCCUUAAAGUACUUGGACAACCUAAAUCCAUCAACACCGGAAGAUUUCAAUGAUUUUAUAUUAUAUAUGGAAAAGGUACGCAAGGUGUUGUUAGUUGAUUGUAAGCCUGGAAGCUUGAUAAUCACUGUAGAGUGCGGUUCUUUGAAGAUUCUUGAAGAACUUUGGCAAGACUAUUGUACAGGCCAUCUUGGUCGAGUGGUGCAGGAAUGUCUGGUAACGGAGGAUAUUCUUAAAGAACUUGGCCUUUCUGAGAUAAAACUGAUCACGACCAUCGACGAAAAAGACUACAAAGAUUGUCAAAAGUACUUAGCAGCAGGGUGUAGGUAUGAACUAAAAAAAAAUGAUACAUUAAUAUAGGCCCUUUUGCCCGCGGGGUACGUACUCCGGAUUUCAAGUGACAGGGAUGAUCGAAGGUUUUUGGAGGGUUUGAAAAAUGGCAAGUAUUUUUGGGGGUAGCUAGAUUUAAGUAGCGAUUUUUUGGGGUAUUCAAAACAAUCUGAAGAUUCGUGAUAGUUCCAACGUAUCCCGGCCGCGUAGUUCCGCGAAUACCUGCGGGAGGUAGUCUCGGCACCCCUAAAAUUUUGAGCGCUGGUGCCACAUUACAUUUGGGACCAAUACGUUUACACGUCGAAAAUUGGGAGUGCCGUGCCUUAAAAUCGUCAGCACGGUGCCAAAAAUUUGGCGUGCCGUGCCGAUUUUUUUAGCGCGUGUAAAUGCAUGGGGUUUUAGACAGCAUAUAAAGCUUAUAAUAUGUCUAUUUGUCACUGAAGGUAGAAAAGCGCAUAAAAGGAAAAACUGCGUAUCCACGUAUCCAGCUCUUCCAGGGAUACAGCUUCGAAAAAAAAGUGGCAGGGUACUUUGCAGUUACUCCGCUGACAAGAUAUAAUUAUUGUUGCCUAAACCCAGUCAAAUUACAGUCUGUACUGAAAUGGUCAAUAUUCUUGGAGUCAUGAUAGAUUUUUAUUAUUAUCUGAGGGUGGGGGUAAGAAAAGAAUCCUUAGAAUUGUUCAGAAUUGACAGUCUUUAUAUUAUUAUUAUUAUUAUUAUUAUUAUUGUUAUUAUUAUUUGGGGGUGGGGGUAAGAAAAGAAUCCUUAGAAUUGUUCAGAAUUGAGAGUCUUUAUAUUGAACAAGACGCUAUGGAGCGUACACUUCAGCGACGUGGUUGCGGAACUGAUUAAUUGUAAAUGCGAAGGAAUAGUAAGAAAUGAAAUAUGGUAAGAGUAAGUUGUUAAUUUGUGAAAUUAUGGGAUUUGCCAGGAUAUUCUGAAAAGAGCAACAUCCAAGAGGCCUACUUGCCAAAAACUAACAUUUCGGGGCAAAUUGUCUCUGAGUGUUAACCCAGUUAUGCUCUAAUGACUUCAAUUACAAAUCCUUCUAAAUUUGACUUGGCUCCAAACGUUUAGACCUAAGUCAAAUACGAGGUUACUGGCGGUGAAUAACAAGUCUAACAAAACAAACAGUGAAAAAAAAAAUUUCUAUUUUUCUUACAUCAGGCUUCAAAAACAGCAUCGCAGUCUCAUGUACUGAUUAAAGACAUGUAAGGCAUGGGUAAGGAGUCAAUUACGUUGAGCAUGGAAUUGGCUAAAACUCAAUGUUACGAGUUCAAAUGUUUUGAGGAUAUUCACUGACUAUCAGCACGCAGGGAUGUCGGAUUAAGACAAGGAAGAUUACUACCAAAACACAUAGUCUUUACAGAGCUUUAAAACAGAACAUCCGCCAACACAAACUCGACUGUGAACUUAAGUAAAACUAAACAGCCUCUGCCAAUAAUAACAAACUCUCAAUUGAACUUCAGAUAUCUUACGGCUUCCGCCAACUUGUAAACACAGAACACUGACCUUCGUCAGCCUCGACUAAACACAGCACUCCAGCUCGUGGGAAAAAACUUAGUUCGUCAAAGAACUAGCUUAGAACUUGUAUACCGUUUGACUUAAGGUUCUAGGAAAUACUAAACAGGCGAAUAGCAGUAGCUUUUCGACAUAUUUUAUGAUUUCAGUAACUGAUGCAAAUCUGCUGACUCAUGCUGAAAUGUAAACAUGCCCUAAUUAAUUAUUCAUGAAUAAUCCAAAGACGUAGAGAACGUUGGAGAAAGUCCCGCAACGCAUGAAAACAAUUUUACUGCUCAACACUCGACAAAGACAAAACGUCUUUGUGCAGCAUUUUGUAACUUUAAAUUCAUCAUCAAACAGUUCGAAAGGAGCGCUCACUAGUGAAAUGUUUUUCAACACUCGAAGAGAAAUUUCGUGUCUCUGCGCGGCCAAGUAUCCUCUAAUAGAUAAUAAAUAGCCGAAACAAGCCAAAAAGUCACGAACUUGGGCGCGCAAUCUUGUCCUAAAACUAGUGCAUAAUUUCAAAGCUAUUUUUCUUAAGCCGAAAUACUUUGGGUCGCAGUGGCGCAAUCGGCUAAUCCCUCAACAGUCUGAUCUGACUGGUCACAAAGGUGAGUCGGUUCAAACCCCGGGAAAGCCAAAAUAAUAGUUCUUUCUUCCUCGAAUAAGUUAAAGAAUAAAUCAAAGAAAUCGAAGUGAUCUCGAGAUAUCUCGAACUAAUUCGGCUCUCACCUCGUCAAAUAGCCGAAUAAAACCGAAAACCUACAGACUUAGCGUGCCCAAUCUUAUCCCAAAGAUGCAACUUUGAUACAUUCCUGAGCGUCGUCGCGAAUCCUUUACUUCGCGCUCUGCCGAAGUAAAAAUAAGGAAAAAUCAGCCACAGUAUUAGGUUUGGAAAAAAGAUCCUGGCCCAAACCUAGCACCGAGCCCGCCCCUCCCGUCAUAAACACAUAAACCACCCAGCGCCUGCACCCCGUACGAAGCCGUCUCUGAUAAUGAUUUGACACUUCAACGAGCUGAGUAAAAAUAAAGAUGUAGAUGUAAAGCUAGAGGUCAUCAUUGAAAACAUGUUGUUUCCAAUAAUCUAUUAAGAUAGAAACUGCACAUAACUACAGGUUUUUUUAAAAUUAGCAAACUAUAACCGAAAAACAAAAAAAAAGUGUCCGCCAAAACGCACAUGAAUGCUAAUGGCGAUGCUUGGUGCUUUUUCUGUUCUUUGUCGAGGAUACUAGUACUUUUAGGAUGUUGCAAAAACAUAUAUCCCUUUUACACUAGUUCUGCAGAAGGCCCUCAUAGCCCUUAACCUAUUACAACGUAGCUCCUUCUUCAAGGCGAUAAGCCUAAGCUUAUAUUGUCUGGGAGUGCUUACCUUGUAAUUUCGAAAAAUCUUCAACACCAGUACUAUCGACGAGCCAUGUCUAUACGUCGUAAACACGAGACUCUAACGCCAUGCCUAAAACUUAAAAGACGAUAUCCAGUUGAAGAAAUCAAUAUCGAAGCAAGAAAAAAUCAAGAAGAAGGUAUAAACGGCGUUUUACGUUUAUGUAUAAUAUAUAUAUUUAGCCAGGGCUAAAAGUGAAGCUCCCAUUCAUAAAUUUAUAAUUUAAAUCAAACACAUUAGGGCACAUUCAUGUGACUUUUGAGGGGAAGGCUUAGUGAUUUUAAAGAAAAAUGAUUUUCAAACAGUCCAAGAGUGAAACCAAGCUUACAUCGAUAGAUUUAUAGGCCAGGAAAACAAAUUCUUCCCGAACAAAAAAAAAACAGGGCCCACCUACAACACCUCUAUUUUAUAAGGUUAAUUGGACAGCUCCGAAAUAUAAUUUUAUGCUGUAAAGGCCGGUUAUAAGUCACGAUAGUCCUCGGUGGCAGCCAAUUUACACGUUGUGAUUUAUAGGUUGCAUUCCUUUGUGUAAAAGGGAGGCAUGAAUAAAAAUGAAGCCGCCGAAUUUUUUGUUCGACAAGUUUGGGUUUACAAAAUCUUUCCGAAAAAGCUGGUGACGUGUAAGCCAGCCUUUUAUACUUUUUAUACAUCACAUCUAACGUAAACAGUACUAUGAGGCGAUGUGUUUUUUUAGCAACCUUACAUACCUAGGACAGAAUGCAGUUUUUCACAGUUUUGCAAGACAAAUUGCACUCAUUCAAUAAUCAGAACGAUCGAAGUACGCGCUUCCUUUGCAUAACAAAUUAUAGAAUUGAACACAUUAUAAAACGUUUUCAUGAAGAGAAUUCCAUAAUGUCGGGACUGCUCAGUCAAUACCUGAGCCUGCGAUAAGGUCAGGUGUUACUGGUUAGCGGAUACCCUGUUUUGACAGCUGUCAAUUAAUCACAACAUGAAUUUGCAAUUUCAGGUUGCACCUAGGCUCCCAAACUACUAUCUAUAGCUAGAAAGUGUGAGAUUAAACAUUGGUUGUCCUGUGGUUCGGACGGACAGUCGGUCGCUCGGGCGCUGUACGGUCACGUGAUUACCAAAUUUUCUAGGAUGGAUAGAUUUACUUAGCUAUGGGGCUCCGCUACAAGCUUAAAAUCGUUAUUUUUGCGCGCUCGUUUAUCCAACGAUAAUUUGAUCCAAGACUAGUAACUGGCAUGGUUCAAGUGUUCCACGUAAUCAAAUCAAUGAUUUAUUUGCGCGAUCGAGACAAAUGAAAUACAAGAGCGUGACCGCGUCACGGUGCUGCAUAACAGCACGUUAUUUUUUACUUAAUACACCUGGAAAGAUCCAAACACAGUGUCAAUAAUGUUGCUGAACAAGCAGAAGUUGAUGAAGACGACGACACAGAAGACAAUUGCAGCUUUGGUGUUGAAUCAGUUUUAAUAGCUUGCCGCUUGAUCGUAGCGUAUAGAUUUUGAUCGGCUAAACCGCUUAGUAGAUCGGUAUACUUCUGAGAUCAUUGCAGCCUUAUGCUUUCCUUAAUUUGCAACGCUGAAACGAAUCGGUAAACUUUGUGUGAGUAAUUUUUGCUCAGUUGUCUGCUUCACAGCUAAGUGACUCGAAAUAAGGUGUUAAUUAUACUCACUAUAAAAGGUAAAAGGAUUUACUUUACUCAGCGAGUAAAUGUUUUACUCACAUGUUUUGAUCAUAGACAUUUUACUAAGAAGAGUGAGUUAUUAUAACUCUCUCUGAGGGCUGAAAAAGCUAACUCUUAUUGUGAGUAAUUUUACUCAAUAAAAUGAGUAAAAUGUAACACUUUACUCUAAAAAAACCGAGCUCACGCAUUAUCCACUCGCUAGGAGGUGAAUAUUGUUGAAUAGUCCGAGAUAGCGGACCAAUCAGAUUGCUUAAAUCACCAAGAUCACGGAGUGUGUAUAUACUAAAUAGCAGUUAUCGCCCUACGAGUUGUCUUCUUGCUGUUGUUGCCAUGUUUUUAGUUAUUAUUUCGCCUAAUUCUUACUCUUGAAACGAGUGAAAUGUCCGCCAUUUUUGUUUUCACAACCAAAACAACUCAACCAGGUCUUCUUGGUUAACGGUGCAUUAACCUGCAAGGAAGCUGCACUUUUGACGUCAUCGGUUGAUUAAUCGCAAAAUUUUUCCAAAUUUUGUCAUCAGUAGCUUGUUAUGGUCAGUCAGAAUCGGGCAAAUAUUUUUAAAUGAUAGUUUAUUUUUAAUGAUAGUUUAUUUUUUAUUUUCUAAACAAAUCAAAUGAACAAAAAAAGAUACGGAAGCCGAUCCAGACGGGCUCAGUACGUUCCGAGAGCCUGCGUUACCCUUACCAAGCGGACGUCUUCUCGGUGCUGACCGAUAGCCCCGCAGCGUCUGUGAACGAGAUUUGCGUGAUCUACAAGCAUCCUGGGCACGUGAUAGUCUGGUCUUGAUUCUCGGAAAUGUAAAAGAUAAAAACGUGCUCGAAUUUCUCGGAAGCACCAAUGUGCAAUGUGAACUCUUUUCUUUUCUCGCACACAGAGAUAGUUUUGUGGUUUGGCCAAUUUUACCGUUGAUCAUGAACACAGGAUUUUAGUCGUCCGGAACGAAGUAGAAGUGAGACUCGACUCGGAUUCAAAUCAAUGUCAUUGAUAACUUUAUCCUGAGGUAAGCCAGUCAACGGAAGUGUCUUGGAGGAGAAUAAUGUGAUUUUUAAUCGAUAUAUCUCAGAGUCACCGGAACGAUCGACAUUAAUGCGAGGUUGGGAAGGUAAAGAAAACAUCGUUGACUCGGUUAGUGAAAGGUUACAGAAAUUAAAAUUCGACACUUUUCAGUUUUAGAUGUCAGCAGAAAGUGAACGACACUGUUCGCGAUAAAUAAGCUUGUAGUAAAGAUGUACAAAGGAGGAAACGGAGCUUAUAUUUGCAAUCAGUCGCGUCUCACUGAUGCGACAAUGCUUUUGAUAUAACAAGUAAGACAAGGAACGUGUUGAUGACAAUAUUUCAUUGAUGGAAAUUCUGGUUUUAUGUUUCAUUUUAACCAGGAUUCUUUAUUCAUGACUUUGAUAUUACUUGAUAUUGUCGGAGACAAGUUUAUUCUUGUCAAUGUCGAAAUCAAGGAUGUCGAUUGAUUACGUAAAUUUGUAUUCCCUAUUUCUGCAGUUACGUAAAUUAAGAAGCCGUAAAGUGUUUAUGAUCUAGUAGAAUUGUUUGAAUAGAAAAUUUAAAAUUUGAUCCCGUGUGCGUGAAAAUGGAAAUCUAAACUAUAAAGAAAACAAGAAUCACUUAGUGAAUUUUGCCGGGGCCACUUUUGUCAUGGCAACCCACGUGGAAGGGUCGUUUUCAUCAACAAGUUUGUCGGGCGACAUGAAAAUCGUUUUUUAUUGCAAAUAUUCUUUAGAGAUGAAAACAAGGUGUAAUGAAUAAUGUGAAAAGAGAAAAUGUUAGGGAAUCCCCUAUUUUGAACAGUUGAGAGUUUUCGCAUGUCGCUAACGUAAAUAUUGCGUGACAAAGGUUAUGUUAAACAGUCUUUUUUGGUUUUUCAUUAGUUAAAGCAGUGAUACACUCUCUUGUAAUGAGUCUUAAUUAUUUGUCGGCCAAUAUUUGACGAAGUUUCCUGUAGCGAGUGCGAAUUGUAAGGUAUUGAAACGCACAAACAAAGUUUCGCGCAUGUAGGUUUAAUAAGUUAAGAUUUUUGUUUUGUCGUAGUGUACACAGUUCAACAGUGACUAAGCUUUGUCAUCGUUAGGAUGAAUACUAUAACAAUAUUUUUCAAUACACAGGGAUCUCAUUUAUUGAUAAGUAGCAAAUAUAGUCGCAUUAAUCAUUUCGUUCCAAAACUAAUCGAAUUAAUAUUUGGCCCUAAGCCUAUUUAAUGAAUAAUUAAUUUUCUUUAAAUUAUUUCAAUAUACUUCUAAAUCACAAAGGUAAACAAUUAUGUCCAGUAAAGGCGAGGGCAUAAAAACGCCCUAGCAAUGGUUUAAAGAAAAUAAGGAAAUAGGAAAGGGCAAGGGGAGGAGGAGGGAAAAAGUAAUUUGUUCGCAUGGCGAGUGUGUUAGAACGAAUGACUGCGUUGCAGCAAAGGUCACAAUAGAUGAGGUUCAAUACAUUAACAUGAGCCAACUCCCAAUCCUAGGCUGUCAAGUUACGCAGUUUUUCUCAAAUGUUCAGAUCGAUUACAUAAUAAUAAGACAUUUCUUAGCAACAAGAAUCCAAAGUAGCUAAGAAUACCAAGGAGAAAAAGAUAAAAAUUCUACAUCAACGUCUAAUGAAUAAUGUGAAAAGACAAAAUGUUAGGGAAUCCCGCAUUUUGAACAGUUGGGAAUUUAAGGUUAUUUGAAAAUAUUUUGUUUUGUUGCUUCAUAAGUCAAAGCAGUGAUAGACUUCCUCCUAAUGAGUUUUAAUUUUGUCGGAAAAUAUUUGACGAAGUUUCCUGUAGGGAGUGCGAAUUGUAAGGUAUUGAAACGCAUAAACAAAGCUUGGUGCAUGCAAGUUUAAUAAGUUCAGAUUUUUGCUUUGUCGUAGUGUACACAGUUCUAUGUCGACCAAGCUUUGUCAUCGCUAGGAUGAAUACUGUAACAAUAUUUUGCAAUAGACAGGAAUCUCACUUAUUGAUAAGUGUUAAAUAUAGUCGCAUUAAACCAUUCCGUGUGCAAACUAAUCGAAUUAAUUAAUAUUUACAUGGUUACAGUUGUUGCUCUCUACUUCAAAUUUCUGAACCAGCGAUAUAUCUCAGCGAACACUCCCAAAUUAACGAGCCAGCGAUAUAUCUCAGUCAGCGAUAUAUCCCUAAAACGUAACUUUGAAAACACAGAAACGCGUUGCAUUUUAUGACCGGUGCCAGCCUUCGGCUAGGCCCCGGUAAUAGGCGUUUAAAACUAGCACCUGUUGAUUUAAAAUCGUGAUAUCUUGAACGAAUUGCACAUAAGUAAUUAUAUUUUCUAUUGGAAAAUGAAAUCAGUGAUGCCGGACUGAGCCAAAGCGCAUGUGGAAGAAGAGUGGUUGAGGAGUAUGGCAACAGAUGGCAUGGAGAACAAAAAUCUUGGUCAUUGACAAAACGCGUGACGGUCAAGUACCCUUGACCAGUUGUUGACGCAUUCGCCCCGCACCGGUAGUUUUAGAACAAUUAUUUCUAUAAGCAAACUUGUGCAGGCAAAUCGCGGUUCAACCAGCAUAGAAUUUUUCUAGGGGUACGCAGACUGAGUCUAUUCCGUCUACCAAAUCGUUUUCAUUCGCUGUGUGAAAAUCGGCUAAAAAACAUUCCCGAAAUUUUGAGGGCAAAACAAACAUCUGAAAUAAGUAAAAGGGGAGUUAAACAGCUAAAUUGCGCCGUUUUUCAACUAUCCCUUAUUUGUUUUUUCCUUUGCUUUGUUUUUCUAUUUUUUGUUUGUUUGUUUGUUUCUUUGUUUUUUUUUAUGUAUCUUCGAGAUUUUCUCAGAGACGCUCUCGCGUACUGGAGUAAAGGUAGCUAAACACCCAGCCAUGCUUUCCAACUCUUCUCAUGGUCUUCGCCUUUGCAAAAACGUGGCUUUUUACACGAAACAGAAUUUCCCCGCCAUAAGUUCUCCAGGAAGGAAUUUUCCUCAACCCGUUAUGUCGACGGCUGAAUGUUCUAUACGGUAUUUACUGUUAUUUCCAACAAUGGUGUGCCUUUCUUCCUGAAUCGAUUAUCAGGGGCCUCGAUUUGAGGGCGCGAAAUCGAGGCAAAUCGCUUACGAAAAUCUCAAAAGCCGCGAAUAGCUUCGAGCAACCCAUUCAGAAAUAGUAAGGCGGCCUCGCAGUGAUAAUAUUAUUGUUUUCAUUACCAAUAUUACUGAUAAGCUUGACCCCUUCCUAGUUUCCUUGACUUUCUUCUUACCACGACUUUGUGUGGCCAUCCUGCCAGAAGUGGCUAUCAUGGCCGCUUUUAUCUUUCUAAUCUUUGUCUUAGGUUGCUGGGCAUAAUUGAUUAAGGAAAAGACUGAAACUGCCGCAGGGGUAAUGGCAGGCCUAAUAGUUGAUCACCUUAGCCACGGUUAGCCAGCGACUUUUUUCGGCAAAAUAUCUGUUCGGAGAAGCAGAUGUUGCCGAGAAUUUUCUUCUGCUUGAGGCGGCUGAAAAUUUCUAGGAAGACUGUUCCAUUAAUGUACAAUUUUCGAAGCUUAACUGAUAAAUUCCCUACGAUUUUCUAAAGUUUAAUUUUUCACAUUUCAUUCCGCAGGUUAGGCUAUUUUUCGUAGAAAAAAGGAAACCUAAAAUUUUCGGAUUCGAAAAUGUGCUGCAGUUUAUUUUUGAACGGAGCCGGGCUUUACUGUUUACUGUUUAAACAAAUCAAAUCAACAAAAAAAGAUACGGAAGCCGAUCUAUGCGGGAGAUUGAAUUGUCUUCGGUCCUCGAUGCCGACCAAUGGGAUCGCAGUGUCUGGGAACGAGUUUUUGCGGGAUCAACAAGUACAGAGUGUAGCUAAAUGUCGUUGGUAGUGGGUAGGGGUCGUGGGUAGUGGGUGUGGGUAGUGCGUGUGGGUCGUGAGUGUGGGUCGUAGUUGUGGGUAAAUGCCGUGGGUGAAAAAAAAGUAUAAAAAGAAAAAAAAAGAACAGAAAGUUGUAAAAUUCACGAAACGAAGAUCUACGAGUACGCGCCAGUCCUCAAGCAGGCUAAACGAAAAACAUCUGUGCAGCUGUUUUUGUCAAGUAUGAAGUGUGAGUAUUAAAGCGGGAAGAGGAAUGAGAAAUGCCUAUUAUCAACUGAUAAGUCGACCCAGUGAAAUUUGCAUUCUCCGACUCGCUGAGAUCUACAAUUCCAGUGGUCAGCAGAGAUUACUUUUAGCUCGAAGGAACGCGAUCACCGUGGGCAAGGGGAGUGGAAGAUCGGAAAAAGAUCCCCUCACUUACUGAAAACACAAUCUGCAAAUAAACGCAAAGAGUCUCAGUUUAAAGAUCAACCGUUGGCCGCCCCCAACCCUAAAAAAAACAAACAAGGAAAAAACAAUCGGGAAGAAGUCACUCUCCCCGAUUUUGUUUGAGAGGAGGGGGCGGCUUUACAAAGGCUUAAGACUUUGGCGCUUUUUCUUUUUUGCUUUGAACUUUUUCCUUGUGAAAUUCUUCAGCCGAUACUUUCUGGAUUUCGAGUGAUCCACUAUAAUCGCUAAACAUUUUGACCAAGUCAAGCACCAGUUUGUUUGACCUGACACGUUAGCGAAAAGACUCAUUGGCGAAAAGAGUGGUCACAGAAAAAAGGACAAUUUUGAGGUAUUUAAUUUUUUCUGGAUUGAGGUCGCAUACGAGGAAACCACCUUCAUGCUCAACGUUUCAAGUCAAGGCGCGACUUUAAAUCUCAUCGCCUGAAAGAAGUUUUUUUUUUUCGUUUUUAUAGCCAUAUGACUUCACACUGACCAAUGCUUUGUCCAGAUAUUGUCAAUCGUUAAUUGCAAACAAAGCGGUUUAAAAACAAGAGGUGUGUGAUACAGAAUGACGACACGUACGGGAAUGGAUUUGUUUUGUUUUGUUUUGUUUUGAGUACAAAAUCUUUGCUGUAAUGAUUGAAUAUCAUUGACUUCCUUAAACUGAAAAGACGUUUCAGCCUUGAAUUUUGACAUCUUUAAGAAAGAGCAGUUCAGUCCCCGAUUUUUCGUUUAGCCUGCUUCAGGUGUUUACACGUGUUACAUAGUGCACAGUACUUAAUUUUUCUCCUAAAUGCCCUCUUAGUGUCCGUUUGCUCUAAUGAUUCGCUUGUUUGCUUUGGAAUGGGACUGGUGUGUAGGCGGACAUUUUCGUGUCUUGAAUUUUAAAACCUUUUGUUCUGUUUAUUUUUUUCCUUUUUAUACUUUUUUUCUACCCACGACAUUUACCCACACCCGCGCCCAAUGCUAAUUACGGCAUGGGCAUUUCAGUAACAGAAAUUCAAACAAAUCUCAGCAAUAUUCUCCAUUUAUGAUAUAUGCAAUGUGGCUAAUAUUCAAUAAAAUGGCUAAUGACGUACCCUCCGAGACACCCACAAACUAGGAAGUGGUGUCCCUUUUAGACCACUUUAGACCUCCAGCACGUAACUGGCUUACACGAACUCUGCCUGUAUUAAACGGUGCAGUACCCUAGUCUUCUUGGAGGCUGAGGGUACUGUAAAUAAGGCUGACUUUAUGUGGGAUUAAUUGUUUAGAGUUUUGUUGUAAGCUGUACAAGAACAUAAUUUCCUGAAAUUUGCUGAUAUUUGUGUUGCCAUUUUAGAUGACAGGCACUUUUUUUUUGCGUUUUUACUGUAAUUGCGUUCACGAAGGAGAACGCUUACUAUUCUUGUACCGUACAUGAUGUAGUAACCGUUCCUUAAGCCACGCGAUUUGGUAUUAAAAUUUGGACGCCAUCUUGGAUUUUGCCUCGCGUCCGGGAGCUGGUAUCUAUUUUGUGACACUCCUUAGAUGAAACUUUGGCGAUUUUCUGUUUACUACAGGUUUGUUUAUAAUUUUUCUCGCAGUUUUCAAUUAAGUUUUUUUUAUAUAGGAAAAUUUUCAUUCUAAUAAUCGGAUAUGUAGAUAUUAUGCUAACAAUGUGUUCUGUCCACUGUAUUCAAGCAAGAUCUGCUUAGAUCGACCAGAUGUAAUUCUAUUUCAAAUUACAUCUUUUCGCUUUUAAAAGCUAUUUACAGCGUUGUAUUUGCUCUUGUUUGUCACCAUAUUGAAAAAUGUACAAGAAGUUGAAUAGUGAAACGUUGACCCUUUUAUCUCACUAAUUCCCGGUGCGUUGUAUUUUGAAAACAGUGCUAACAAGGUGAGUCGUGUUAGUCUAGUGUCACGCAACAAGGGUUUAAAGUGAUACGCGACGCUGUAUCCCAAUUUUUAGCCAAUUUUAUUGACCAUCCUACAGUGCAAAAGAAUAUCCUGAGGAUCAUAGUCAGUGUUUGACCUGUUGUUACUUACGUGUACUUUACUUAGAGGUUUAGCAAGUAAAUUUAAAAAGUAGAGUACGCUCUUGCAUUUUUGAGGAAAGAUGAAAUAGUAACGAAUUGUUAAGUGGGAGGAUAAACAAUGACACUGAUAAAGACAGCUGCUGAUAUUCGUAUUGAUAAAAGUGUUUGAUUUUGAUUUCUCAAUAUUACAAGCCCGUCACGUUUUGCACCCUCUUCCCACUACCACUCACUACCCACUCCUCACCCCCUUCACCCACCUCAUCAUCGAACGCACUUCCCUAAUCUGCAAUUAUUACUAGUAUUUAUGAAAUGAAGCCAGACAUUUUGUAGUACGAUUUUGAGAUAUUUAGAAAUUUUUCCAGAUAUUUAGAAAACAAUUUCAAGAUCAUUAGAAAAAAAAAUCUGGAAUUUCCGGAAACAUAUUUAGGCGAAUUUUCGUGAUAUUUGUAUCUAGGCCUACAAGGGCUUGAUUUUUAUUCUCGGAAAUGUUAGGUGUAAAAACGUGCUCGAAUUUCUGGGAAAGCACCAGUAUGCAAAUAAACUUUUUUCUCUUCUUCACUGUGAUUAGCUUCUCCUCCACAGAGGUAGUUUCGUGGUUUGGCUAAUUUUUUCGUUGAUCAUGAACACAGGAGUUUAUUCCUCCGGACUAAAGAAGAAGUGAGACUCGGAUUCAAAUCAAAGGCAGUUAUAAUUUUAUCCUGAGGUAAGCCAUACAACGAAAGUGUCUGGGAGGAGAGUAAUAUACUUUUUGAUCGAUCUCGCCGCAACGAUCGACAUUUAUGCGAGGUUAAGAACGUAAAGUGAAAACUGUUGACUCAGAUGGUGAAAGGUUACAAAACUUAAAAUUCGACUCUUUUCAGUUUAAGAUGUCAGUAGAAAGUGAACUCGCCACACUGUUCGCGAUGAAUUAAUUAAAAAUUUUUAGUAAAGAUGUAGCAAGGAAUAAACGGAGCGGAUUUGCCAUCAGACGCGACAAAGCUGUUGAUGCAACUUGUAAGGCCUAGGCCAAACGUCGAUCUUUUUAUGACAAGAACCAAACUCUAAUUUGGGUCGACCUAAAUGGACCUUGUCAGGGUUUUGGAAGCCAUCUUGAUGAGUAGGCAACCGCGUGAGAAAUUACAGUGUUUGUAUGAGAAUCUAAUGUCGAAUAAUUCCGUAAUACGGUUGUUCUGAAAAAAAUAUGAAUUGUAAACUAAAGCUUCACUCCUAACAAUUCUACCGGAAAAAUUUGAAGGCGUUACAGGCGGCUACAUGCGCUAGAACCACUUUUUAAAAUUUUCUAUACAUUUGUCUGUUAAAAUUUCACUUCCAGCCGACUAAAAUUUCCCGGGAAAAAUUGCAGGCCAAUAUAUGGAAAAUCUAAAGCAAGCGUCUGGAGAAAUUUAAGCACAGUUAAGUACGUCCCCCAAAAUUUGUUAGUAAAAUCCGUUGCUGUGUAGCUUUAGUUUACAAUUCAUACUUUUUUUGGAACAGCCGUUUUACGGAAAUUAUUCGACACAAACACUUUAAUUUCUCACGAGGUUGCCUACUUGUGAAAAUGGCUUCCAAGUUAAGAUCGUCUGCUGGGUCAGAUGUCGAACUUUGGACGCGUCGAGCCAAUCAACUCCAUCAGACCAAAAAGCAAUUCUGAUAAAUUUUCUCCCGAUUUCCCGCCAAAAUAACCUCAAGUUUCAUUUGGGUUGCCAUACCUGUUCAUUGAGUUAUUUUACAUUGGUAAACCUACGGUGCGAACGGUCGGUCGGUCGGUCGGACGUACGGUCACGUGAUUAGCAGUAUUUCUCGGAUGGGUGGGCUACCACAUUUUCUUAACCAUGCUGCUCCGCUAGUAACCCAGAGAGCGUUGCCUGAUUGUCCGUCUUCAGAUAAAGAAGACUCGUCCGACGAAAACAGGAACUUUGAGAAGUUGAUCUCAUAGCCUCAUUGGCAAAUAAGCGGCAAAGCGUCACCGGAAGCUUCAAAUACCAACUUACUAUACUAGUAAAAGGUUUGGUGACUUAGCAUUCUGAGCUUACAGUUGUUUUUAAUGUGACCUAGAGAUUUUGCUUUUGUAAGUACCUGUAUCAUCAAAUUUUUGCAUGAUCGCCAAUUCAACAAGCACGACUGAUGUUAGCAUUCAGCUGUAGCAUUGGCGAGUUUCUAUAAACUUUGAAAGUCCACUGCUCGUUUUAACAUGCAUACCUUUUUUAAUGAAUACGUACACUGUAAAUGUGAGGAGGUAAAGUACAUGUAGGGUUUUAACUCCUGCGUACGAAAAGUCUUUCCUUGAAAGACAGGAAUAAGCUAUUUGUAGAUCGCGCCGUAAAAUAGAACCAUAUUCACUUCCGACAGAAACAAAACUGAAAGUUUUUUUGCGAUUUUUAAGAAACAGAAAAUUACUGUUAAAAAGUAAUUAAAACACCAAAAUUGACCUUGUCACAUUUUAUAAGUGUAGAACGAUAAUAAUUUUUGAAAUUUCCGACUAGAUUAGAUUAGUCAGGUUAGAGAUUUUUGUCUAUCGAUCAUCUCUACCCCGUGUAUUGCUGGGUUUUAUAUUGGGCAAGGUUUUAUUGAAGCCCGAGCCUCCCCUCAGAAAGAAAUCGCCAUGGCAGCCCAGUUAAAUCCGCCUUUCGGAGAUUCUAGUUUCUAGGUAAAACGCCUAUCGCCUCAAUUAGCGACUAGCACAAGCGAUCACUUGCCUGGGCGUUGCUAGCAUUUUUCCAGGAGAACGUAGACUGAGUUUUCCAACUCAACCCUUCCCGUCUUUUUAAUUCGUUUUCAUGAGUGUUUAGGCAAGAGUUUCGCAUGUGGCAAAGUCGGGGAAAACAUUUACCAAAUUUUAAGUGCAAAAACGAAAUAAUAAUGUGAAAGAAGUUAAAGGGAGCUAAACAGAUAAAUAACUAUUUAAUGUUUAUUUCCAACGAUGGUGUGCCUUUCUUCCGAGGCAAAUCGCUUGUUACCUAUAUUUUUAGUACUGUUUACAUACAACGGAAACCUCAAAAGCGAAUGGCUUCGAGCGAAGGAAUAGUCAUCUAUCCAGCUAGAAAUAGUCCGGUGGCCUAGCACUAAUGAUAUUAUCUUCAUUACAAAUAUUAUUAAUUAGCUCGACCGCUUAUUACUUUCCUUGACUCUUCGUACCUUUUACCUGUGUGUGUGACAGGCCACCCUGCUAGCAGGACAGUGAGGUCAUUACACACUCGGUCAAUGCAUCAAGGCCGAGGUCUAAGAUUUCCCUGUAAUGGCCGAACGGACGAGGUUAAUAAGUUGUUUGUUAUAUGGCCUUUUUAGCGCUAUUGACGUAAAACACCAGAUGUAAUUAAUUGAGCGUGCGAUCAGUUAAAACCAAUAACUGGUCAGCAGAUCACUUUAGAAACACAGCGCCUCAAUGAGUUGCUCACUUCAGCGGAUACCCCUUUUGACAGCUGUAAAUUGACCAUAAGAUGGAUGUCCACCAUCGAGUUGAACAGAGAUUGUAUAUGCCCUGGACACCUAGCUAAUAAUGCCCGGUCAUCAUUACAAGGAAAUCUUGCCCGCUCAGCAGCCAAUCAGAGCGCCCUUACUGUUGUAGCCAUAUUAGGGUUGUCAAGCAAAUCCGAUCGGGAAAUUUUGUUACAGUUUCAUUAAUAAUGAGUUCUAGGACUGAGUGAAGUCCAAUUCCGUCUGUAAUCAUAAGAGUGAUCAAAUAUUUAUCCCCUUUUGAUUCAGAAUGGCCGAAAGGGGUGAGGAUUACAGUUCUGAUAACGAGUCUGAUGUUGCUUUCAGCCUUGGAUCGGACAUUGGUGAAGAUUCAAGUGACGGUAGGUAUAAAACCGACCAAAGGCUGGUUGUCACUUGCGACGGAGUCGGAGUCGUAAUCAGAAGCGUAGGACUUUACGGUCUAGUGAAAACAGCGUUGUGAUUCCGCAUACGACUCCGUCGUUUACGAUCAAGUGAAAGCAAGAGUGUAGGAGUCGCAAGGCAGAAGCAGAAGAUUUAAACCAAUCACAGACCGUGGGAACGCUUCUGCUACCUAUCUGGUUUUCACUACAUCGCAAACGACAAGGUCAUAAGCGGAAUUGGAAGAAAAUGGAAACGUUCUUAUUCUUCCGACUCCGAUUCCGUCGCGCCUAGGACUGCUUACGACUCCGAUUUUUGAUUUUCACAAGCUCAUAAGCGACUUCGCGUACGAUUCCGACUCCGACUCCGUCGUUAACUGUCAUGGCUAAUUCUUUUGUUCUUUUUGACGUAUCCAUGGAAAUAUCCCCGAAGCAAUUUCACCUUGGGAAAAUCGGUCAGACACAAAAAGUUGCUUCCCCGUGGGUGACAGCCUUUUACCCAUAGGUUACAAGGUUAGUGUAACCACGCCUACUUUUUAGCUUUCAGAAAAAAAUGACAAACUUGUCCGCAGGGUGGGUACGCUUAGAAUUGACUGAAUCAAACAGGACUUUCCCCUUUGCAAUGUGUGGCGUUUGAAUCCUUAGACUGGAGCGCGCUGUUAUUUGGAAAAAGAAGAAAUCCAACACCAGUUAUAUUAUUCCUUCUUCAGUAAUUAUUAUUUUAACUAUUUCAUUAUUUUAGUAUUACUGGUAAUUAUUAUUUUGUUAUUCCUUCAUUGGUUUUUUAGUGUGAAAACAGCCAAGGAAUUCUAAUGGUCAGGUAAUUCGGUUCUCCACACGAACCUCAUCAUAAGACCGUUUGGGUUUGUUUGGGUCAGUAUUUUGAGUUGCAACUAAACGAGCCAAUUUUAAGCUGUCUGGUCUUAGAAGCGGUACAAGGCGUCGCGAAUAGGCAAUUUUUCAGCUUUUAUGGACAAUCUCUCUGCCUUGCUAGUUACCUUCCCACUUCUCAUCGAUGUAAGAGGCCUUUUUUUACUAAAUAAAAAAAUUUGUUCUAGAUACAAGCGAAUUCGAAAAUGAUUAUGAACAUGAUGAGGCAGAGUCCGAUGACGAGAAUGACCUUUUCGAGGAGAGUGAGCCAGAACUUUUGGAAGAAAGUAAGUUGCCAACAAAUAUAACAAUUAUGUAUAAGAAAAAUUGUGUCGAGACUACCGCGUGACAAGAAUACAAAUAAUUUUGUUUUACAGUCUCGAUUUACGAGAAAUUUUGGUAUUGAAGAAUAGAUUAAAAAAAUUAACUUUAGUUACCACGGGUUGAUCAAGUAACUGGAAGAAAAAAGUCAAAAGAAACAUAGCAACUAGCGAAUCGAAUUCCGUUUUAAAAAUCCGUCACUAAACUUGUCAUUUUUUGGACGUACUAUCAAAAAGCUUUUUCACUUUUGUUCUUCAAAUUUGCACAAGUACAAAGUGCUGAACUAGGCCUAGAACCACAGGUCUUUAGACUUUUAAGAGCUAGACCACACCUUUGCUCGCGACAGAAAAUUGAUGAAUAGGAGAUAUCCUUGGUUUAAUUUCUAUUCUAUGGCUAUUUGGAAGCUCCAAACUAAUAGACCACGUCCAGUGAUAGUUGUUUCGUGGGCGAGACAAGACAAUGACUAGUAAACAGACUACAAUCUAACUGUGUGCAGUAAAGGCUUUUGCAAGGGGGGUGGAGGUGGCGGGGUUUAGGGACAUAGGUGGAGAAGUGAACGAUCCCCUAAUCCAACCCCUAAACUCGAUCUUUAUGUAUCGACCACAAUUGUGCCUUUUAAUUUUUCUAUAGGUGAAGACUCCGAAGAAUCAGAAGGGACUGGCAAUAAACCAGAUGUUGAUAGACCUCGGAGAGCACCUUUUAAUAUCUCUAAAUUCGUUUAUUCAAUCAAUGAACGCUUCUACGGGCACAGGGUAGCGCCAUUGUAAGUAUACAAGUUAGCUUCAAAUGAGAUUUUGUCGAAACGUGCAUAUAGCGUUUACAUCUUCCUCAAAAAGAAAAGAGGGCUGCCGAAUUAUGUAUACAAUAUGACCGUGGUGUCCAGAGGAGGUGUGUUUAAAAUACCAGUGUAAAAAGCUGUGCCUGUUUGUCUUAUUUUCAUUUGUGGGCAGUGCUUUAUUUAUAUAUGUUUUCUCAUUCGCCGAUAAUUCGGUGCUACAUAUUUUUCUUUCCUUUUUUUUUUUUUUUGGGGUGAGGUUUGUCAAAAAACGAUUAGAAAAGCGAAAGAAGCGUAACAAGAGAUACUGUUUAAGGUCUACUUCCCUUUCCAAUCAGGCUUGUCAGUAUUGACAAAUGUCAAGCGCUGCAUUGUUAAUUGAAGGGUGCGCCACCCCAUGUGUCGCAAUUGUACUUUUAGUCCAGUGUUCAAUCUAGAAAUUAGUCAAAAUGGGUCAUAUAUACCACUUGGCAUUUUAAAUUGGGUCAUUUCAAAAAUGGUCUUGUUCAAACUAUGAUAUUGAAAUUUUAAACAACUGACGUCACCGAACUGACUUCUCCAGAUUCACCGCCAUCCUUAUCCAGUUUAUCAGCAUGCUUUUCUGGUUCCUACUGUCAUUUUCUUUAGCGUAAAAAAUGAACUUAGCUUUUGAUGUCGUUGCAUAAUGAAACGAAAACAAAAGAACAAAGUUAACUAAUGAAGCGUGAAUCGAUCAGUAAAGCAACGUAUACAGAAAGUAGAAAUGUACGCUCCAGUCUCUCCUGGAAUUGCGUGGAACGCCUCACCCAAAACCACGCGCUACGCGUCACGUUGCCUGAAAUGACAGCCAUUUCGAGUGCUCAUUUCGGGCUCAAUUGUAAGCUCACCUACUUUUCAAAAUUUACUUCUAUUAUUGCCUGCUACUUUGGAAGUACUUACAUAUGAGGUAACUUCUUUUUUUUGCGUCAGAAUGACUCCAAGAUAAUUUCAUUUUGCGUCAGAAUAGAAUAUUCCGCAUCAAUGACGCAAAAACGCGGCCUAGAUUGAACACUGUUAAUCAUUCAGUAUUUCACAAAAAGAAAUUCAGUGAAAGAUGCCUUUAUUAGUUUUAACAUGCACGUUGAUAGGACUGAUGCAAAUUAAAGGUAUCAGUGCUCACUUCAUUUAGGCAUCAACUUCCCAAGCGUUAAGCUAUUAUUUUGUCAGCCUUGAGCCUUUGAUUCGUUUUUAAGGCGAGUCAAUAUCAUGACGGAUUUUGUGGACGCGGAGAUUUUCCUAAUCGACGGCGAUUCCUUGCUGCUGGACCUUUUUGGAGAGAGGCGCUUGGACUGGAGUAAUGGCGGGCAAUUCCUCCAUCUGACGUAUCUAGUGGAACGAUUUUUACAGUAUUUUACAGAUAAAGGUUAGUCUAAUUACAUAGUGUCUUAAAUGGGACUGUUUGACUGGAAAAACAAAUAAAACAUAUUCUUCUUACUGUCGGUGCGUUGACCGGUUCAUGCAAUUUAAAGAUGUAUACGACUUUAUCCAGGUAGUUAAAACUAGGAAAUGUCCUUAAGUAUAUCUGUUCCCUGAAUGAAAAGCAUCGACCGUUCCUUUCCAAACGAGGCUUUGAAAUUAAGAAGGAGGUCAUCCUUCAGAUUUUGUUUAUGAAGAACCAUAAGAAAUGGGUACUCAUGUUACAAGAGACUGGGUUACACACUUAUAGUGACACCGUCACAAUUAUCUGAUAUGGAACUCUAACUUAAUUAGAAUGUACCUGUCUUAAAGCAAAUGAGUGCCCAUGCAAAAUGAUUGCAAGACUGGCACCACGACAGAAGAGUAGUUCUAGUAAGUUCCAUUGAUACAGCUAGUGUUCUUCAGAGCCAGAUCUGUAUGGAGGAUAUAAAGCAAUUGGCCAGAUUGGUACUUGCACAAAGUAAUUUUCUUGCGGCAUAUACACCAAGCUUUAUCAUGGGAUCUCGUCUGCCUUGAUAAAAGAAAUUGCAAUCGACUUGACAGAUUUCUAACCCAGUUUACUUUAUUUAGGGGGCGUUUUCCAUAUCGUGUUCUUUAAAGACAUGGAGAUUAUCUGGAGAGGCCAGCCGUCCAUGCUGUUAGCCCGCCAAGCCCUUAUUCUGCACCUAAAGUACAAUACAGCUUUUACCGUUGUCACCUCAAUAGAUCACUUCUUAGGAAAGCAAUGGAGAGAUUAUGUUGAUGACAAACUUCCCGCUUUUCUGUUGCUAACAGACGCGGAAAAAAUUCCUUGUGAAACUACUGGGGAGAAAAUGCGCAACCGAUUGCAAUUCUUGUUCAGAAGUCUUCUUUUUUACAGUCUCGGCCAGGGUUUGAAUUGUGUAUUCAUUUCUGGUAUUGAAAUGACUGCCACUAAAGUGAUGGGAUAUUACAUGGAGUCUCUACCCGAGCACAGAUCACAGUUCAAAAAGGUAGUGCUUGUUCAGGUUCACUGAAUAAUAUACAAAAACAGUGAGAUACAACCAUUUUUAAAGUGGUAACAUUAGAACAUGACGGGAAGCAACAAAAAGCUAAGGAUCUGGAGCAAAUAUAUGGUGUUUUAACUACAGGUAGACAAGCGGUAAUCUAGCCCUGUUACAGUUGUAUUAAGGAGUUUAAGAUGUCACGACGGCGAUCGACGGAAAGGAGAACGUCAAAAAGCAAGAGGUUAAGAUUAGCAAAACGACAACUCUGCACGUGCAGCACUCUCGUUUGAACAUUUCUUUCCCGUCACUGCAUGGCUACGACAUGAAAUUGCCAAUUUAACAACUUAUAGAGAACGUAGAUACACUCUAAAUCAGAAAGAUCUGUUUUAGCCCUAAAAAUAGAGCCGUUUCGGUGAGUAAAAUACAGUCCUAUUUUUGAGUCUAAUUUGGCUCCCUUAAAUCAGGGCCAAUACAGUCCAAUUAGCUAGGGCUGAUUUAGUCCCAGGGCUGAAAUGGGCCCUACCAUGGGCUGGAAUAGCCUUUUGAUAGAGCUUUUUUGGCCUAAAUUGUGCUCAAAUGGUUCCAGGAAGGGCUGAAUCAGACUUUAGCCUGUAGGGCUGAAUUAACACUUUGGAACUGAAACAGAUCUUUUCAAUUUUCAGUGUAAGUGACGACAAUUUUCGUUAUCUCUUUAAACCUAGAUAUUUUCUUAGGAAUCCAAUUUCAGGGAAGUUUGCCUAUAAUUGACAAACUGAAUAAGUUGGGAAAAUCACGCUGAAGUUUCAUAGAACGCGCAAAGUCACUUUUUGAGUGACGUGUUCGCCGCCGCCGUCGUCGUAGUAUCUUAAACUCCAAACGAAAUUUCUCCAUUAAACGCCGUAGCCCGAACAAACGUCGGUUCUAAAACAAGACGUAAAUAAGCCCCUGACAAUUUUGAAGGGUAAUUUAAUUUUCUUGAAAAAAAUAGAGUUAGCCGGAAUAGACUGCAGAUUCACUAAACAGACGCCGAGUCAUUUAUGCCAAGUUUGAAAUAUACCCUGAGUGUUGGAACUUGCUCAAUUUUGAAAACUUAGGCGACCUUUUCACGAAAAGCAUCCAUUGACUACAAAAAGAUAGAGGAAAAUUUUUCGUCGUCUUCUUGCAUCCCUCCAUAAACGUAUUGGGAAAUUUCGCAUCGUUAUUAUAACCGCGUCUUACAGAUUCUGAAAGGAAGACAAAAAUACUUUUAAUGUUCUUUGCCAACCUAUCUCCGGAAAAGGCAAAAGAUAUUUGUGGGCUCUUGUAAGUGGAGAUUUAGACGUCAUUAACUUCAAUGUGUGUUAACAAAGAUUUUGUUUCGGUAGUUAUCAGAGCCUUUGUGGAAAGCAUGGCUUGGUUUGAUGGAAUAUUUUCGCAAGGAAGGGUCCAGUGACGACCAUAUGGCUCCAGGAACCUCUCUAUUAACACAGGUAUGGAUUACCAAAUAAGGACUCACUCACUUUAUGAAAAGGGGCUUGAAAACAUUCAGGGUCAUAGGGGUCAGUUUGGGUGAGGGAGCACCAGUUUAGGAUAACAGUCUAACAGUGUGUCACUGACAUUAUAAGGGCCACCUUGCUAAGAUGUGUGAUGAGAAAGGGAACUCAAGGUGCAAUCCAUGCAUUAUUUAGGUCUGGUUUACAUUUGAGUACCAAAGGGGAGCAAUUUGGACUCUGACUGGGAAACUUCUAAAGGACAGGCCUAGGGUGGACCCGGUUUUCAAGUCCAGUUUUUUUUUUUUAGUAAAACAGUCAGCAUGUAAGUUGACACUAGAUCAGCAGUAUCCAGUAUCUCUUGGAUAGAUCAAAAAUAUUAAAUCGCAGCCAACGUACAUGAAAAUCUAUUCUGGUGAGCCUUUAUCCUUGUUGGUAGGAAUUCAACUCACUGUGAAGUAUCAGACCCAAGAAAUGCAACAAACACUCGGGGUCAUAGGGGUCAGUUUAGGUGAGGGAGUACCAGUUUACAAUAACAGUCUAACUAUUUACACGGAAAACCGUAAGGAUUUUUUCAGAUCGUGAUGGUCGAUGGCGGAGAUGGGAAACGUUGUAAUUGCCGCAGUCAACGUUAGGAAAUAUAAUCAAUUAGAACUGUUUUAAUGUUAAAUUUUGCGCGUUCGAUUAUUAGUCAAGGCAAAAUUAGGUAGGAGUUAAUGCUAUUAAUAAUACUUUUUGUUAGUUUAAUAACAAUCUGAGGAACUGACGUUUUCUUAGCUUCUGUGACUUAAUUACUUUAAGACCUAAGUGCAUUCAGUUCUGUUUUUAGACCCUCUUUGAAGAGUUAUCAGGUAGGAAAGAAAACUUUGAAGAUUCUAAUUUUUGUAUAAUCUAACCAGAACCUUUCAAAAGGGAAUCUUUUAUGUUGCAGUUUGACCCGAGGGAGAAAGUAAAAUGCGCUCUUCAAUCUCCACAUCAGAGAGGAUGCCGUGAGCUAGCAACCUUGCUUGGUUGUGAAAUGCUCCUCAAUAAAAUUUUCAGUGACCCUAAUGUCAGCAAGGUACCUGAAUAGGCCAGUUUCGAAUUAUUGAAAUUCAUCUUUGGCUCCGAAGCUGAAAGGCAUCAAACAAAAGAAAUGACAUUGAGAUUCAAGGAUGAACAUUUCAUUCUUUUGUUUUAUACCCCUCAGCCUCGGGGCCAAGUAUGAAUUGUGAUAAUUCGAAACUGGCCUAUCAGUUGGUUGGAGCCGUAAGUGAAGUUGUAUAUCAGUCAACUUAUUGAAGUACCCUUACAGUGAAACCCGUUCAUCAAGCGUUCCUAGAAAGACUAAAAUUUGAUCUUGAUUAUUUUUAUAAUAUUUUAGGUUCCAGAUCUCUUGUAUUUUCAGCGGGUUUCGCACAUGUACGGUUGACCUUAAAAGUACGUGUAGCGCAUGAUUCGGUUCUUGUUGCAGUUUUAGACCCUAAUGUCACAAUUCUGGUGCUUGUAGGUCAGGUAGAAGAGAAUAUGGAUGGUAAAUAAGAUAUUGCAAUCCAUAUCGUACGUGUAGGACUGUUUUUGUUACGAAUUACGUCGAGGCGGACUAUGAAGUUGCUACGGUUUUUGCGCUGAUUGGAGCAGAUAGUCCAGCGGCAUUUGUUAGCCCCUAAACGUUCGGGUGCUGCACGGGCCAAGUUGAAUCAAUGUUACGAGUGUCACUGACUUAAGGGGCCACCUUGCUACAAUGAGUGGUAGUAGAGGGAAGGUACAAUUCAUGCGUUAUCAAAAGUCUGGUUUACAUUUGAGUUCGACUGGGGAGAAAUUUGGACUCUGACUGGGAAAUCUAAAGGACAGGCGUAGGAUGGAUCAGGUUUUAUAAGUCCGUUAUUUUUUGACCAAAACAGUCAGCAUAGACGUUGACACUGGAUCAGCGGCGUCCGUUGUCUCUGGGGUGAAAUAUAAGUAGUCUUUUAAGCAUCUCAAAUUGCAGUCAAUGCAGUUUCACUUGAAAAUCUAUUCUAGUAAGCCAUUGCCCUUAUUGGAGGAAAUUCAAGUAGCUUUGAAGAGCAACUCUGGUGGUGGCUCAAGGCGAAAACCCUCUGUUGCUUAGACGGAACUGGCUUGAGAAAUUAAAACCGCAUUGGUCCACAGUGUCUCACAUUGUGGGUAUCCUCGCCAAGUAUGACGCCCUGUUUGAAAAAGGUUAUGGACACAUCCAGCGGUUGCCUCCUUUCAGGUUUGAGAAGGUGCACAACCCAUUGUCAUGAAAGUAAGACCACUUCCAUAUGACCUUAAAGAGAAGGUGGAGCAGGAGCUUCAGAGACUGGAGAAAGAAGGGGUCAUUUACAAGGUGAGCCAAAGUGACUGGCCUGCCCGAGUGGCGUUGGUUCCUGAGAAAGAUUAUUCACUGAGAGUGUGUGGCGAAUACAAGUUGAUAGCUAAUAAAAAUAUGCUGAUAUAGACCAGUACCCUUUACAUAAUACAGACGAUUUGUUAGCGACAUGGGCUGGGGGAGAAGUAUUUAGCAAGACUGACUUAUCAGCCAUAUCAGAAAGUUGAGCUCGAUGUAGAUUCUUAGAAGUACCUAACCAUUAACACACACAAUUUGUACCGGCCAUUUGGGGUCUCCAGUGCACCAGCUAUUUUUCAGAGAAUUAUGGAUCAUCUUCCGCCAAGGGUAAAGUUCGAGGCAUGCCGUUUGGUAGAUUUCAGGAGGCACAUUUGGCAAUUUUAGCGGAGGAUUUUGGGAGCCUACAAGAACACGGCAUCAGGUUGAAUCCUGCCAAGUGCAUUUUCUUCCAGCUGGAACUCGAGUUCCUGGACACUGGAUUGACAAAAACGACAUUCGUCUGAGACUCCUCAACUAUUAUGGCAAUGUUUCUGCCAAAAAGGGCAACUACGCUGCAUCCCCUUCAUGACCUUUUGCAAAAGGUUAGACACCUUGUAAGUGGACGAAGGAGUGCGUUGAAUGAAAAGCAGAUACAAGAUUCUCCCUUGCUGGUCCAUUCAGUAUGACCUAAAGAAGCCGCUUCGGCUGGCUUGCGAUGCAUCACCCUAUUGGGUAGGGGGAGGUAAUCUCCCAUGAAUAUAAUGCUCACGGGAAUCUAGAGCUUUGUUCAGUUGCUUCGUUCCGCUUCGAUGAUUCGAUGAUCUCACAAUACUAUCAAAACUCGAGUUUUUAAUCGAGCCUUGUUUCAGUUGUUUUGAAUUUUCAAUUCUUCAACCGGCGAGCGUGAUAUUGAAGCGAGAAAUGAACUCAAUAGUAUUACAAUAUAAAACUAAACCUUGACCGGCUUUCACUGUAAAGUGCACGCUAUAAAACAAAGAAAUCAUGACCGCGAUGCGCUAUGUUAUUGUAGAACGACCACACGCUGGUUGAGGAAGUCAGAUUAAAAAGUAAAGGAAAAAGAAAACUAGGAGAAUGCGGAGGUCUAUGACAAAUUUAUACUGAUAAAUAGUUGAAAAGGAUCCGUUAGCAGUACUUUGCAACUGAUCCAGCAGCACGCGUACGUUUUAGGGGUUUAACAUAACAUUUAGGCCGUUUGAGAUCUUGUGAGUGAAAACUGUUAAUAAGAAUGGAAAACAAAAUAUGAACGCCGUUUUUGAUAUAUUACACAUUAAGUUCUUAUUUAGCGUGAUAUAAUAGAUAUGCAGUUUAUAAAUAUUGUGUGGUACAUAUAGGAAGCAGCGAAAACUGCAGAAGACAGAGUCAAACUUUUCCUGCUACAUUCUCUACUACUGAAGAAACUGCCGUUGAAGUACAGAGCGCAUACCUUAAUUGAAGGUUGCUUGUUGACCACAUUCUGUGAAACACAGGAUGGUCAAUUUUACAACUUCGAUGAGGUAAGUGUGACAAAAAGGUUGAGAAUACUUAAACUGAGGCGAUAGUUUAUCACGUCUCUGCUAGUAAAAGGUACUCAUCUGGAUAGCCAUUAAAGAAAGGGCGAAUCUAUAAAAUUAACGUCUUUGUCACGCCAUGUAAUCUGAAUGGGUCGACCUGUGUUGCUGAUCAGGUACAUGGUAUGAAAACGCUGUACUAAAAAGCAAGCAAAAAGGUGGAGCAAAAAAUGAAUAGCUCAAUUCAGGCCGAGAUUUCAACUCGGGACCUCUUCGAUGUUCUGAGUACUUGCUGUGAUUUCUCAUGAGAAAAUGUUAUAUCGUGUUGUUUUAAGUCCUUGUACUUAUAUUUCCCUAACAGAUACACAAAUGUUUGUGGGAAAUUUUAAAGGUCAUACAGGAUGAGUACCCCUCCAUGACCGCUGCCAGCCAUUCCCUAGACAUGACUUCGGUCGCUGAUCUAAUGGACGGUCGGCUUGUUCAUACUCUCUUUUCCCUGGCCUUAGGAUUGGAAGGAAUAAAAGGUUUCAAAUAGAAGAAGUUAUCGUUUCUAUUUUAAAUUUUGCAAGUUUUUUCCCUUCGCGUUGGCCUCUCUUAUUUAAUUUUGCCAUUUGCAAUUCAUCUCAGCGGAUAGCUUACACAAAGACGUCACAGAAGAGGCAGAAACUGCAUGGGGUAUAGUUAUUACUGCUGUGAAAACUACCUGCACUCAACACUCUGACGUUUUAUCCAAUCAGUUUCUUCCUUUUUUGGCUGACAUUGCGGAAGAACGUCUUGCAACUAGAGGUGAGAGCAGUUUUCGAAGCUGGAGACCCAGCCUUCUAGGCAAUACCUAAGCGGUUUAGUUUAAGCUAACUGAAAUUCAACUUUUGGCCCUGUAAACAAUAUAAAAUACCCAGGUUAGUCCUCUUUUUGAGGACAAAUACAUAAACAUCGGUGACUUCAGGGCAUGUUGUCUUGGUUUCAAGAAUUUAUUUGAUUGUCGGUUCAUGAAUAGUGCAUAUUAAUGAGGAAGAAGAAAAACUAGUUGUACAGUAACACACCGGCGCACAGUUUUGGUGAAGUCUUUUGUUACCUGACAUCGUGAGGUGGAGUUCUUUCCGUAUGAGAAAGAAAAACAAUACCGCUAUACUAAUAACCUCGAAUAACGGAAGAUUAUUUAACACCUAAAUAAAGUGUCAAAAAGUGUCAUUUUCUAGCGUUUUGCGUUAUAUAUAUUUCAUUCGUUUUUAGACGAAUAUGCCGAAUCAGAACCCAGUGUUAAACUAACGCGGCUCCUUGAGGUGAAAAAUGCUCUUGUGAGUGAGUACGCCGGCAACAUGCGGUCAAAGAUCAACGAUAUAGCCGGGUAGGUGUAACGGCGAGUUCAUUGUGCAUUCUCUGUCCCCAAAUUAUAUCUUAUGAUUUUGCAAACGUAUUAUCUGCCUCCUAUCACGUUUGAUGAGAGUUCAUGUGGGUAUUUUCUUCCUUGUCUUUUUUAGAGACGAUGUAGACGACACAGUGUUCUACGAAGGUCGUGCAUUUGAUGAACUCUACCACUGGCAUUCGCUUAGACCGCUUUCAGAUGAUUAUGACAGAACUAAAAGUGACAUCAAAGGUACGUUUUGAGGUGACAAGCUGACUUCUGGCCAAAAAAGAAGGUUAAAUGAAUUGAAAGGGUUUCUCUUUAACAUUGAACUGUACCUACUAGUGUAAUAGAAAGCGUCGGCUAUAGAUUCUCGCCUUUAACUUUAAAUCGCCCUGUCAUAUGAAGACCAUGGACAACAGAAAUACUGUAUAGGAAACUAUAGCUGACAUGAUCGGUUCUUCAUUGACCACUGUAGUUGCUUUCAGACUAAUAGGAUCCCGUGAACGUUAUAGAAAAAGAGGUCUUCAUACGCAGGUGGACGAAAAAAAAGACUAGUUAAGGCGGGCAGUUGUCACAAAGGCAGAGCACAGAAAGUCUACCACGUAUCUAUGAAACUACUUAUUCAUCUUACAAUGAAAUGUAGGGCUUCCGAAAGAGAAAAUAUCAACUAGAACACACCAGAUACACAAAUUGGCGGGGCAAGAAACAGCAUAAAAAAAGGACAAUCACACUGCUUGAUCCAUGUGCUUGGUUUUCUGGAUUUCACUUUUAACGGAGUCGGCCAGGUGAAAUGAAAACGGCAGAGCAUUGCUAUAUCUAGCAAAAAUCAAACAGCAGAAUUUUCAUUCACUCAUAUUGUACGCGACGGAGUCGUUAGUCAGAAACGAGGUCGCGGGAGUGGCAAGAAAAGGCAAAAAAGUAAUCAUAGUUUUCGAUACUAGGUAUUGUUACCAAGGUAUGAGUACAGAAAAUAAGAGGACUAGCUAAAACAGUUUGUACCAAUACAAAAUCAUCGUCCGUUGCACACAUUUAGUCGAACGUAUCCUGGAUGCAAAUUUAUGUUGCUGACUAAUGAUGAACAUUUUGAAUUGACGUUUAAAAUACCAGCCAGAGGCGGAUCCAGAGGGGGGAGGGUUGAGGGGGUGGCAACUCCCCCUUUGGGACGUUUUCAAGCUUGUCUGGUUACCUAUGUCUAUCCCGUUUUCAUAUCAAAAAUAAUAUUAUAUGAUAUAAUAUAAGUCCCAGUCCAAUCGAUCAUUACAAGACACUUUAAUUAUCCAAAUGCAAGAUCGAUUUUCUGACGAAGAUCGCCACGCCCGCGCCACCUGCUUUGUCUCGUCCCAUCGAUUAUAGCAAAUAAGGCACUGCAGCUGAAUCGGAUGAAUUGAAAGGCAUGCUGUUCCGGGAGAAAGACAUUCCAAUUCAAUUCCAGUUCUAAAAUCCCUUGGAAAUUAGGUACGUAGAUGGAAAAUACUCUGGCAGUCAACAGAUUGGGAGCUUCCAAACAACCUUAUUAUUAGCACUUGGUGUUUGCAAUGAAGAUGCUUUCCAAAACAUCUACCGCCUUCUGGUCAGUGCCUGCACCCUACCGAUCACAAAUGCAGAAGCUGAGCUGUUUUUUUCACUGAUAAAAUGCAUCAAGACCUGCUCUAGGUCAACAAUGGAGCAAUUUUCUGAUUUCGCAGUGAUAUGUACUACUCCCAGAAAUUCGAGGUAGACGAGAUAUUCGAAGCCGUUGUAAAGGUUCAUCUAAGACGGCUCUUUUAAGCGAGUCUGUUUGAUUAAAUAGGCGGGUAAAAAAGAGACAAACAACUAUCGUUGCUUCACUGUACUCUUAAUAAUUGUGUCAAUAACAAAAUGCUUGAAUCUGAUUGGUUCUUAACAGCCCAUAUUUAUAGCUUAAUUUUGCUGUUGUAACGCCAAAAGUGUCCGAUUUGACCUGUCCGAUUACCAGGAGCUUGUAAUCGGCCGAUGAAAUUUGACCACAUAGCGCAUGAUAACCAAUCAAAUCAAUGACCAGGUAAGCUAUCCAGCUUCAACUGGAAAAGAAAAAUGGAUGAAACUAACUGGUACAGUGACGUUUAUUUACGUUAAUAAAUAUUCCUGACUGAGAUUCUCGCAUUUUGUUAUUGAGACAAUUAAUCGGUGAUAGGACUUCGUGUCAUACAAUUCAGGGGUGAUCGGGCUCGUAAUUUCAAAUCGGCCUCGCGCGUGAAAUUACUCGCCGAUCACUCCCUGGAUUGUACUUCACUCAGUCCUAUCACCAUUUGAUUGCUAAUAGUGCCUCAAAUCCCUCUGAAAUGAAAAUGAAGAAAAUAUACAUAUUCAAACAUAACCCUAACCCUAAGCCUCCCCACCCUCCCCCAUUCCCACCCUUUCCCCUCCCCAUUCCCUUGGCCCUGGGACAUUUGCAUUGAACUCUCAAACUUACAAAUCCCUCUUUGAAAAAAUCCUGGAUCCGCCCCUGCCAGCAAUUAAAGCUGUUGAAAUAGACUGCACUUCUACUAUUGAGUAAAAAAUCCAGUUAUUGUGACACAAACUUUAUAAAAAUGUCCCUUUUAAUUACCGUCACAAAAAGAAUCCAAGCUCGAAAAACAGAAUGUGGAGACAGACUCGAGGGUGUGUAACCUGUGCAAAGUCGUCAAGACGAAUUGAAACAGAGACCUAUUCGGCGCUUUUAAAAUUAAAACGACUCAAGAUUCAUUAACAAUGUUGUAUCCAAAGUUUAUUAAGAAAAACACAAUAAUAAGAUAAUUUGUUUAUCUAUAUACCAAUAAGAGGUAUAUGGAAAGGAACAUUUAACACUCAAUUGUUGUCAAUAUUCUGUCGGACUGGCACCUUAUCUGUUAUGUCUGAUUUUGUGACCAGAGAAACCUCCAGAUGAUCCAAAGAAACGAUUUUGGUAUUUCAAAAGAAAGCAAGAAUUUGCGCGUUUUCACCGACUUUAUGGAGAUUCCCUUUCUGAUGGUGUUGAUCGUGCGAAAACAAUCACAGUAACGGAAACUGAGACUAAGAAGAAAAAAGGGAAAGAUAAAACAGCAAAAAUGGUGAGUUGCAAGAUGAACGUGAGCUUGAGAAAUAUCAAUUAAACUAACGUGUCAUUAGGACUAGUUUUAGUAACUCAACAUAGAAAAAAUUGAUUGUCAACCGUGUCAUUUCUUUAAUACUACAGGCUACGCAUGAGUUUUUCUAUUCCUUUCAUUUUAAAAUAUUUUUGUAUAAAUUAGAGAUAAUGUAAGUGUCUCUUCUGCCCCCAUUAAGGCAAGAGAGAAUGAUCAUCAUCCCCUCUACCCGUUAACAACAAUUACCCUUGUUCUGCUUGUGUAAUCACCUUGUACGUUGUAAAAUUUGAUUUUACAGAUUUUAAUUAGGGGCGUUUUAAAAUCAAUGAAUAGAAUGAGAUCCUUUCGUUUUUCAGAGCUCGAAAGCAGCGAAAAUCAUUGAAGAUAAUAAGCGAAAGCGUAAAGGUAGGUGCUUCUGGCUAAAUGGUGAAUUGACCAGCCAACGAAAGGGCUUGGCGUCAUUGCCUAGCUUGCUCAGUUGAUAGAGCUAACUGGGGUCGCGAAAUUGAACUCUUUCCGAACGAACCAGGGUCCUUAAAACAAUGGUAAGAUCAUUGGGCAGUGAUCAAUAGUCUCUACUCCCAGUUCAGCUGCUCUCGUGAUUAGGCGGUGGUUAUAGCCGUUGCUGUUGGCCUUGUCAACGCGGCUGUUCGAAAAAAGCAGAGGAAUUAGGACCGAGCAACAAUUGUUUAUAGUUUGCUUUUGAUGAUGUCCCAUUUUCAUUGUGUUGUUUCUAUAUAGCUGGAAAUGACUGGCAUUCCUAGCAUUAGAACCAUAGCAUGACACUUUAACAGAAAUUUUUUUUGAAGAUGGUCGAGUAACGGUAAAAUAAAGAGGGUCUAUAUUGGAUAGGUACGGUCGCCCUAAAAAGAUUUAACGAUUUUUCUUAUAGUUCGCUUUUGAAGCACUGGAAUACAGUUUUGACAGAGGUUUGAGUUGUGACAGUAGAAAGACGGAGUUUUAAGAGUUUUGAGUUGGUUGACAAAGUUGACUAAUGAAAAACAACCAUAUAGUUGCUUGUUUGUAAUAUCUUAGAAAAUGUCUAUUAAUUACAACAUUCAAACAGGUUUAGUCACUAUGUUGAGGCUCCCCUCCAUACAACUAAUUUUGUCUAUGUCUAAAGAAUACAUGUAAUCCGCUUUUUCCCCUGCAAAAUGCUAUAGCUUAAGUCUGUUAAGGUUAGUUUUCAUGAAGGCGAGCUCCACCUUGCAGGGGCACCCAACGAGGAUAUAGUUCAAAACCACUUAACAUAGCAUUGUUGAAAGUAGUUUAGUAUUCAAACGGUAGAUAUAGGCAUACUUUUAUCCCCUAAAAACUUUUCAUCUGUUCGGAUUUCCUAGCUGAAAGUCUAGUGAUCCGAAAAUUAUAGGGAUAAAAACUUACCUUCUCGAAAACUUCAGCCAGGAAAAGGCUCCCGAAAAUCCUAGGUGGCCUUUUUAAGGGUCAAAAUCCGUUAAAAAUGGAUAAUUAUACCAUUUUGUCGAUGUUCGAAAAUCCUAGGAGAGGCAGGCAAGCAAGAAAUUUUACAACAAAUGCUCCGAAAAUUCUAGAUCUCAAAUCGUCUUCCGAACAGAUAUUUUCCCGAAAAUUGCCGUUGGGUGCCCCUGACCUUGAGACUGGUGAGUUAGAGGUAGACAUUUCAUUUGAAAUCAGAAAAAUCUUCACUGUUUACAGAACAACAGCAGGAAAAAGUCAAAGAAAAAUGGACACAUGUUAUGGUGGAAAUCGACAAAAACCUGAAGAGGGAUAACUACAGUACUGCCUUGCAGGUUCUUGACAAAUUUUUGACAGAUUGUGAAUCACGUGAGUUCAGUCUUCAAGCUCUUAUGAAAAAAGCACAGAGUUGUCUGGAUGCCUGGCAAGAUACGCGUAAGUUUCUUUCGACACCCUUUCCUCCUUUUUUUGUUUUCUUUUUUUCUUUUUCAUUUAUUUUUUCAUCAUUACAGGAUCGCACCAUCCAGGAGGUAAUAGAAGAUAGAGGAAAAUAGCAUCAAGUUUGUUACUGCCGACUGUGACUACAGUCUGUUUAAACUCUCUGUGUUUAAUGUUUUCUUAUCAGAGACAUUGUCAAAUUAGCUGCUUCUAAUAUCUCCGUAAACUACGUUUUAUAAAACUCCAAAAUUUUCUAUCAUACCGUUAUUUUAGGCUCCCGUGAUGCCAUUUCAAAUGACAUGAAAUAUCCAGUUCUUCUUAUGGAAAGCGUCCAGAAAAUAACAGAAGAAUUUGAAGUUCUUCUUACCGACAAAGACAAGAAGAAAAUGGCAGGAUACAUGCAAAAACUUGGAUUUGAAGACAUCGCAGCCAUGUUUUACAAGCUGAAUCGAGAAACUGACAGAAAGGUUAGUAAGUAAAGAUUGAAAAACAAAAAAUGCCAUGGAGAAAUACCGGCCAAAUAGGUUUCAAAUUAAAGGUCUCUCAGAGAUUUCCGCUUCCGCUAUUCCAAUAUUGAGUUCCUGCGAGAAUAUACUGAAUUUUACAACAAAAGCAUUCCAUUAAAGUUCUGUCGAGGAAAAAGCCUGAAAACUGCGUAACCCUUGGCUCACAGCUGGACUCUUGAAAUCUAUUAAAACCAAGUCUAGAAUUUAUCAAUUAUUCUUAAAAGACCUUCUCAUGAGCGUGAAUCCAACUGCAAGAAAUUUAAAAAGAAAUUAAUUUGUCUCAUUCGUGUAGCUAGGAGAAAUUAUUAUAACAAAUAAUUAGACAUAGCUAGAUCUAACUUAAAGCAAACUUGGAAAAUUCUUAAUGAAGUGAACAACAGGCGAGUUGUUAAAGCACCAUAUCCUGCAAGCUUCUUCAAAAACGGAGUGAAAAUCAGUAAUCCAGUUGGCAUUGCAAAUAACUUCUUUAGUUAUUUUACCAACAUCGGGCCGAAUUUGUCAAGUAAAAUCUCGCCCAGAUAUUCAUCGCCCAGCGAUUUCUUGAGCCGCUCUCUUUCUGAAUCCAUUUCGCUGCAACCACUAACGGUCGACGACGAUUAAAUCAUUUAGGGCUAACAAGCCUACUGGAUAUGAUAUUAUAUCCAUGGACAUAAUUCACCAGUCUUUUCAAAAUAUUGUUCAACCUCUUGUAUCGAUAAUGAACCUUUCGUUGUCUACUGGUGUGUUUCCCGGAUCUCUCAAAGUCGCUAAAGUAAUUCCGGUUUUUAAGGCACAUGAUCCAACACUUUUUAGCGACUACAGACCAAUAUCAAUUCUUCCAGCUUUUUCCAAACGUUUUGAGAAAGUCCUGUUUAACCGAAUGACUGAGUUUUUUAAACUUGCAUAAUAUUUUAUACUCGAAACAAUUGGGAUUACGUAAUAAUCAUGCGACUGCAUUAGCUUUAAUCGAUUUAAUGAGCGAUAUAUCUUCAGCUAUCGACAGAAAUGAAUCAACUUUAGGCAUCUUCUAAGAGCUAUCUAAGGCGUUUGAUACCAUUAAUGAUAAAAUCUUGUGCCACAAUCUGCAACACAAUGGUAUUCGGGACACUGCUUUGUCGUGGAUCAAAAGCUAUCUUGAGGAUCGGACUCAAUUUGUCCAGUUUGGAGCCCAUCGAUCUUACUAUAGGAAAAUUUCAUGUGGCGUCCCACAGGGCUCAAUCCUUAGACCUCUUCCUGAUGUCUCUAGCCUGACUCAAUCUUUACUGUUUGCUGAUGAGACAAAUAUAUUUUGUUCCCAUAAGGAUACCGACCACCUUGUUUCUAUUUUUAACAAUGAACUUGCAAAAUUAUUACUUGGCGAAUAAGCUAUCUCUCUAUUCGACCAAAACGAACUUUAUGAUUUUUCAUCCAAGGCAAAAGAAAAUUAAUGUUAAUGUUCCUCUUGUUACGGAAAUACUGUAAUCAAGUCGUGGGAACUAAAUUCUUAAGUGUUAUUAUUGAUCAGCACCUUUCCUGGAAAUCUCAUAUUAGUUUUGUUUUUUAAAAGAUCUCGAAAACUGUGGGGAUCACUGCGAGAGCUCGCUUUUAUCUAUCAUCCAAAACGUUGCUAACCUUUUAUUACUCUCUAGUAUAUCCCUACCUAACAUUCUCUAAUGUUACCUGGUCCUCCACCUACUGCUCUAAUCUAAGCAGUAUUUACCUUUUGCAAAAGUACAUAGCGCGGCUUAAAGCAAAAGCUCACUAUCUAACAAAUACCGCCCCAUUAUUUAGCUAACUAAAAGUCCUUGAGAUAUAUAGCAUUUAUGUAUUCCUAUCACCAUAAUCUUCUGCCUAGUAGCUUUCGUAACCUCUUUUUAAGUAGUUGGUCCUCGAUGAAGGUACCUUGUGAGCAGAGGCUACAUUUUCGCUGUAUGAGCUGGCGUGCAAAAAGUAGCCUCUGCCGACAACUGUUCAGUUUUCUAUCGUACUUUCAUUGAGGACCAACAAUGUGGAAUUCGAGGCCAUUUUCACUAACCUGCUCUUCUUCCAUAUUUGUUUUAUUAAAAAGAAUCUGAAAAAUUAUCUCAUUGAUAGUCGUUCUGUCGCUUAAUAAGUGCUAUUAUUCAUUCAAAAUAUUUCCCCGAUUCUGAUUGGCUAAAAGCACACGCAUAAUUCACCAUAACCAGUUACUGAUGACCAAAUUUGGAAGAAUUUUGUGUUUAACGAGGAAAUGACGUCAAAAAUGCAGCGUUCUUGCAGGUUAAUGCACCGUUAACCGAGAAGACCUGGGGACGAGAUUGAGUUGAUUUGGUUGUGAAAACAAAAACUGGCGGACAUUUCACUCGUUUCCAGAGUAAGAACUAGGCGAAAUUAUAGCUAAAUACAUGACAAGAACAGCAAAAACAAGACUCAAAUGGCGACAUCCGCUAUUUGGAGAAUAUUUGCGGAGCUGGACAAACCUAAACGUGCACUAUCGAAGGUGAACUUAACAUCGAUGGAGGUAAGCAUGUUUUGGCUUUGUUUUAAGGUGGCUCGACUGGAUUUUUUGGGGUUGAUACCUCCCAAGUUUGAGCAUUAACUACGUCGGCAUGAGUAAAGAUAUGGAAAAAAGGUUACCACAACUGUAUUAUAUAAAGAUGAAAAUUUCUGUUGAUCUGGGUUUUAUUGCAAUCGGAGUCGCCAUGGCAACGUAAUGACGCCAUUACGUUUUUCAUUUAUCGUUGUGUUUCUCUGUACCACGAGUUUUUUGAAGAAAUUGCUUAAGGGAGUAUGUACCUGCCAUAAUUGCCUCCAUUAUGGCAAAGUUUGAAGAAAUUCUAUGGAGCGUUUUCGAAAUAUUUUGAAACGCAGUUUUAAGAACCAUCAAAGCAGUGAAAUAGCAUGCUAGCCGCAAAAUUCGCUCAUACAAAAUUCUAUCUUUUUGCUAAAUGUGCACGUGUAUAUGAAACUUGAAAACAAUGCCAGUGAAUAGUGAGGACGCUCGCUUGUAAACACAAAAUGUGGGGGAAAAAUUGGCUAUAUUUGAGGCCCUAUUUAAUUCCUAUUUAAGUCCUGUUUAACCGAAUGACUGAGUUUUUUAAACUUGCAUAAUAUUUUAUACUCGAAACAAUUGGGAUUACGUAAUAAUCAUGCGACUGCAUUAGCUUUAAUCGAUUUAAUGAGCGAUAUAUCUUCAGCUAUCGACAGAAAUGAAUCAACUUUAGGCAUCUUCUAAGAGCUAUCUAAGGCGUUUGAUACCAUUAAUGAUAAAAUCUUGUGCCACAAUCUGCAACACAAUGGUAUUCGGGACACUGCUUUGUCGUGGAUCAAAAGCUAUCUUGAGGAUCGGACUCAAUUUGUCCAGUUUGGAGCCCAUCGAUCUUACUAUAGGAAAAUUUCAUGUGGCGUCCCACAGGGCUCAAUCCUUGGACCUCUUCCUGAUGUCUCUAGCCUGACUCAAUCUUUACUGUUUGCUGAUGAGACAAAUAUAUUUUGUUCCCAGAAGGAUACCGACCACCUUGUUUCUAUUUUUAACAAUGAACUUGCAAAAUUAUUACUUGGCGAAUAAGCUAUCUCUCUAUUCGACCAAAACGAACUUUAUGAUUUUUCAUCCAAGGCAAAAGAAAAUUAAUGUUAAUGUUCCUCUUGUUACGGAAAUACUGUAAUCAAGUCGUGGGAACUAAAUUUCGGAAUAUCUUGAAAACGCUCUAAUAGAAUUUCUUCAAACUUUGCCAUAAUGGAGGAAAUUAUGGCAGGUACAUACUCCCUUAAGCGAUAUUCUCAAAAAAUUCCUGGUACAGAGAAACACAACGAUAAAUGGAAAACGUAAUGGCGUCAUUACGUUGCCAUGGCGACUCCGAUUGCAAUAAAACCCAGAUCAUGAGAAAUUUUCAUCUUUAUAUAAUACAGUUGUGGUAACCUUUCUUCCAUAUCUUUACUCAUGCCGACGUAGUUAAUGCUCAAACUUGGGAGGUAUCACCCUCAAAAAAUCCAGUACAGCCACCUUAAAAUAGGAAUUAUUUUGAAUGAAUAAUAAAACAAUUAUUGAAUUCGGCUUUCGUAUCAUAUGAAGAAUUAUGGAGAUCUCGGAGGGUGUUAUCUGCCUCGGCCUACUGCCUCGACGGAUAACACCCUCCUCGAUCUCCUUAAUUCUUCAUAAGACACUCUGCACUCAAGUAAGUAAUUAGUAAUCUAGCAAGGAAGCCUAUUGAUAUAAGCUCCCAGCUUCUCAGUUUAGGUUUCCUUGUCAUAUUAACUUUUAUUUUAAUUAACACCUGUUGUUAUGUUAUGUCAGUGACUAAACAACAAAUAAAUAAAAAAAAUAGAUAAAAUAUUUAGAACUGAGCUUUUAAUCAUUAACUACGUUAUUACAAUUUUGGCGCACAUUAUUAUUUAGUCAGUUUCAAAGAACUAUAUAGAAAUGUAUGUACGUAAAGCGCAUUUCUAAUUAUGUAGGCUGGAAAGCUGUCACUUAACACAACAAGUGCAAGAUUCCAACUAGAACACAUGGGACAUUUAUUGAAGAGGGAAGAGCGAACUGAUCCCGACAGUCGGGUAGACCACUUCAUUCCUGACACGUGGCAAGUAUGUUUUUACCACUUUUACGCUGAUUAGAAAUUAGUUUGUUUGCUUCGAAAAUUCAGUUCUCAACCUUGUGCCCUACGCCCUCCCCUCUCAGUUGGACUACCCACUUUAAGAGGUCAGCGGUUCGCAAAUAAGACCAUGUUUUUCGAAAAUGGUGACAAACAUCGAAAUUUCUCAUGUAUAGUUCCAAGGAACAAAUUUCCCUCUCCACCUCUCUGCCUCAAAUGAAAACGACUCUUUCAGAAAAGGAGAAUGCACUUGAAGAAACCGUUGAAACACCUGUAAAGACUGUAAUGCUGCGUUACAAUGAAAGCUAAAGAGAAAAAACAUUUUGAUCUGAAAGGGUUGAUGUCUCACAACUUCCUGUUUACAUAAAUGACACUGGCUGAUUUAAGGUCUGCUCAAACAAUGUGGUGAAUACAGUUUCUCGAUAAUAUCAAGAGAAGGACUAUGAAAAAGACAUUGUUAUAAGAUAAAGACAUAUCUUGUUCAUUUUGCCUCCGUCAAUAUAUUUGUCUGUGUUAAAUGUUAUUGUACUUUGAUUUUGUAGGGAAACAAAUGAACCACACAGUUGUUGUAAAUUUGAACGUCACCCACGGUAGAUGCGUUUAUUAAAAAAAGCAAAAGGUAGAGGUUUGAAAUUGACUUCACCAGCGGUACCUGUCCUGUGAAAAAAGGCAAAAAUGGCUGUAUUGACGAGUAACUUUUGAGCAGCUAUUUAGAAAAAUGGAGCAACUUCAGGCAACUUUUGUGGAAUUUUGGAGCAAAUUUUUAGAAAUUUUGGAGCAACUUGUGGUCGAGGUUAGCGUUUAUGUGAGAGUCAUACGUAUCUCCAAGUAGGAAAGUCUUCGUAUCUCCAAUUCAAACACAAGAGGGGCCCUCUUCUUGGGUGCCAGUAAGACACCGACCCAGGAUCGUGGUCGAGGUCUAGUUGUCUUUUGGAAUAUAAAAAAAGGAAAAUAGACCUCCACCACGAUCCUGGGUCGGUGUCUUACUGACACCCAAGCAGAAGGACCCUCUUGCUUUGGAUUGGAGAGACCAAGAAUUUCCUACUUGGAGAUACGUAUGCUUCUCAUUUAAACGCUUUCAAUAGUCCACGCUCGAUAUAUUAAAAUUCUAACAUGACUCCGAGGCUUUAGGGACAAAAUUGCAAAUAGUUCACGACUCCAUUGUCCCAUAAUUCCCAGAAGAGACUUGAGCAAAAAGAAAACCAAACCAAAUACAGAAAAAUGACCAGAAAGCCUCGGAGUCAUGUUGGAAUUUUAAUAUCGAACGUGGGCUGUUGUCCGACAUAGAUGCCAUAAGAUUAGCGCUGCCCUGCUAACUGGAAUUUCUUGUAAAUCUCAAUUACAAAUUUUAGCGAGAGCUUCUUGAUGCUGUGGAUAAUAAUGAGUCAGCGGUGAUAAUAGCUCCUACGUCAUCAGGAAAGACUUACGCCUCUUAUUAUUGCAUGGAAAAAGUUCUGAGGGAGAGCAAUAGUGGGGUAGUGGUUUAUGUUUCUCCCACAAAGGUAUCGUGCAUAGACACAAGGAAGUUUUCAAAAAGUAAACUGCCAUAACUCAAUUCGUUAUUUAAUAUUCGUGUGUAUUGCUACGCUUCAAGAUUUGCUAAAAAAUAUAGCGCCUUUUUAAUUUGUAACAAAUCAAUUAAAACCAAAUAACCAAUCGCACGCUCACACGCGUUUUAUCACGCUUGGCGCCCGCGGCAUGUGCUUGGUUGAAAUCUGACUGCUUAGUGUGAUUGUCUUUGUAUAUUGUCUUUGCAAAAAAUAUUACUUAAUGCUUUAUGUUACUUUGCAUGUAAGUCUUAAGGAUGCUGGAGGAAAUGCUGAUUAGUUCGAGCUCUGUUUGCUGGGACACGAAGUAAUGAAAUAUCCUUUACUGGCUGAAUUUGACGAAUUUGUCCACAGGCGGGCCGUUUAUUUAAUCAAAGCUGAAAAACUCAGAUACAAAAGAAUAUUAUCCAAGCAACGUUGAAUCCACACCCGUCAUCCUAUAUGAUUAUGUUGGAGACAGAGAGGGAAGGAAGAACUCCUUUAACUGUCAUGUUAUAGCGUGGGGCCGAGCAGGCCUCGUGGCUCGCUUUCAUGACUUGAAAAUCUGAUAGUGAUGUCCCGUUUGACGGUAAAGCCCGUCGUCGGAAGGAGAAAUGCGAUAUUUAACAAUUAUUCCACGAGUUUAAUUUGCGUUGGAUAUGAGAUGAUCGAGAUAACCAUCAAGUUGGCUGUAAUCAUCUCAUAUCCAGCGUGUGAGAGUGGGAUAAUUGUUUUAUUAAAAACGCCCACAAAAUAUCGAGAAUUCUUCCCGACUUUGUUUGUAAAAACAACCCAUUUUCAGCUUGUUUUUAAUUUUGAGCAGGCGCGUACAGUUGCCAUAUUUGGAGAGCAUGGUGGCUCAUAUACCAUGAUGGCUAAGCCAAUCAGAACUCUAGACUUGCAUUAUCCAAUGAUUUAGUUUUUUUUUUAUAAUAGUCAGUUAUACGGCUGCAUAACACCAUUUUCUCUUCUUUCUGAUAUAAAUUUUGUGAAAUCGAUUUCUCUAAAGGGGCUGGGUCACGCUACUUAGACAAUUUCGGUACCUACGAAAUGAUCACAGGAAUGUAGAAAAGACAAAAAGGACCACGGAUGGGAAGAACGGAAGAUUAAAACCUAUUGCAUUUGGUAUUUUAUGUGGGUAUGACGUAAAAACUCAAAAAUCAUCAAUAUUUUAUGAGGCAAGAAGUACUUUCGUUAACGAAAGAGUGUCUUAUGUGAUUUAAUACAUAGUUUAAAGGUAUGUUGUCAUUCUAAAUAACGAUAAGAAACAAAAUCACCGAAAAAAGCAAGACCUAGUCCCGUAUAGAAAAUUACGAGUUUUACGUGAUGCAGACUACAAAUGUUUAUUUUGUGUUAAUUUUUGACUGAGAAAAUCGCAUUACAGUUUGAUCUUUAAGCUUAAUAUCUUUCUGAAAUCUUUUACCUUCUAAAAUCGCUUUUAUUACAGGCUCUAGUAAAUCAAGUUGCCGCCACAAUUUACGCCCGAUUUCAUCGUAAGAAACUACCAGCGGGAAAAGCUGUAUAUGGGGUGUUCACUAGAGAUUAUCAGUACAAUACUUUAAACUCUCAGGUAAUUGUUGUGAUCCCUGUUACAAGUCCAUUUCAACAUUGUUAUCCGGUCGCUAUCCUUUUCUUUCGUGACUCUACUCAACUGAGGAGGUCUGGAUCGUUUGCAUCUAGGGCUGUCAAUCUGUCAUGUAAUACCCUUACAGUCAAACCAAGUCAAGCGUACCCCCCAAGAUUCUAUCAGUGAAUUGAUUAUUUGAAAAAUGAAUCCGUUAGUCGUUUCCGUAACUGGUGUCAAAUUCAAAGCGGCAUUUCUGCAUGCGUAAUGAGCAGUGAAUAUUUUACGAGAACUUCUCUGUAUUUGGUCAGAUUGGAAAUCUUUGAAUAGAUUAAGCUUCUUAGAAGACAUUUACAUCAACUUCAGGAAAAUGGAGCUGGUAGAAAUUUCAUAACUGCCUCGCGUGUGAAUAAACGGCUCAUUACACAUUCAAGAAUGCAGAGAUCAAUCUGAAAUCUACAACCAGCAACGGAUUCAACUUUUGAAUAAUAAAUUCAUUAAUAGCUUCUUGGGGGGUACGCUUGACCUGGUUUGACUGUAAUAAUUAGAAUGCAGAUCAAGCCUGGUGCGACGGUAAACAGAAUAUUGUCUACGCCCAGGAGCCCAUAACCCUGCUCGGAUCUAAAACGAAAAUUGGAAAUGACGCUUUUAUCAAACCAACUAACAACGGACCCGAUAAAAACUCUCAAACACAAAUAUCCAUGGCCAGCUACGCAUGCAUUUCAAGAAUUUCGCGCUUACAAGACUUACAGAUAUUUCAUAUUAGUCUUACAGAACUUAUUCCAUUUGUGAAUAUUGUCUAUUGCUUAAGUGCGUAAUUGUAAAAGUGAUCUUCGGUUUUCAGAUUCUUGUCACGGUUCCUCAGUGUCUGGAGAUUCUCUUUCUCUCGCCUCGUAGACAGGACUGGACAAAAAAUAUCAAAUAUGUAAUCUUUGAUGAGGUAAAGUCUAUAUUGCCUAAGUGUUUCAGUGGUUAGUGCUCAUAUUUUGUCUUUUGUUUCUGUCCAAUACUUCACUGAUAUAGGGCUAUAGUAUACGACAUUUACUUAGCAUGUAACUGGAGACGCUAUUUCAGGCAAGCAUUAAAAGGCCAUUUAUCUUUUACAGGUUCACUGCCUUGGUCAGGAAAUCGGAGCUGAAGUCUGGGAACAUCUCCUUCUCUUGAUUCGUUGUCCUUUUCUGGCGCUUUCAGCGACCAUUGGAAAUCCACACGAUUUACUAAAGUAGGAAGGCACAUAUUUUUGCACUUUUGCAUACCCUCAGCGCAGUUGUAUCUGCAGGCACCCAAUGCAACUCAUGCAUCUUGUUAAUGCCAUCAUCACGAAUAGCCGCUUAUCAAAUCCCUUACGCUACUGUGUCGUUAGAGGAAUGGACCUUGUUUACGAUACCCGCCAUCUUUGCAUGCGGUUAAGGACUGAUGGGAUAAAAGCAAUGUCACGUGGUUUUUUGUCAGGGGGGGCAAACAAGUGAAAACAAUUGCCAAUGGAAGAAAUCGCGGUCGAGUUUGUUUAUUCUAGACGACAGGAAAUGAAGUCCUUUUCAUCUUAAAGACGAUAGUGUCAAAAAAUGGGUGGAAGAGAUCAUUGUUACUUUUUUGUAUGCAGUAGCGACCGUAGAUGUCCUCAUAGAAAACAGUAAUGACGUAAAUCUUGCCAAAACUCGAUAUAUACAUUUUGCAUGACUGUGAUAUUGGCGUCUCAGUUUCAUAGAAUAAACAAACUCGACCGCGAUUACUCGUAUCAGCAAAUUUUAUCACUUGUUUGCCUCCUGAAACACAACAACAACAACAACAACAACAACACUUUAUUCCGUCUUAAAAGAACAAAAUUAGCAUAGCUAAUCGAGGCGGGUUGUCAAAAAUAAAGAACAAAAAUUAUCAUUCGCUCCUGGUAAUAUAUAUGAAAGGAAAAUUGUUAUAUUACAUAGAAUGUGUAAUAUAAACAGUUAGUAGAAAGUAAUUACAAUGCUUAUGGUUCUUUCAGUUGAUUUGAUUUAUUACUAUAACACGUACAUAGCUUUUAUACCAUCGAUCCAAGAUCGCGGGCAAAGAUGGCGGGUAUCGUGAAUAACAUCUAUUGAAGAAGUUUGAUGCUUUUGGCAUUUCCUCUCAAAAGCGAUAUACACCGUACAUUGAUCAGUGUAAUUGCGGGUUCCGCGAUUCCUGUGUAUUGAUUAGCUACCCAACAAGAAAGACUGGCCUAAGGUAAUUCCUUGAAUAAGCGACCGGGCGCUUAUUUAAAGUUCCGGCCAAAAGGAGGGAAGUAGGGCGCUUAAUCAAGGAGUGCGCUUGUUAAGUUUUCCAUCAACGAAUUCAAAGUGUAACUUUGUUUUGGCUGAAUCUUUAAUAGACUUAUGUUUGUUGAAAAAGUAGUUGUAAUCAGGCGUACCGUAGUCAAAUUAUACAAAUUACACUAAUCAGUAUAUAUCGGUAUCACCCGUAUGCAUGUUUACUAAAAACACCUAUUAUCUCAUCAUCCUCGAAAUCAUCCUCGUCAAAGAUAAGCAGAUCUUCGUAUUCCCCUCGUAUCCCUACUAUUUAAGAAAGUGAGAGAAAGGGGAGGGGUGCGCCUGUUUGAUGUUAUGGUCUAGUGGUAGGUGCUUAUUCAGGGGAGGGCGCUUAUUGGAGCAAGGCAGCUCAUUGAAGCUCUUGGUUAUUCCGCUUAAGAGUGCUUGCUUUUCUUCGUUCAAGAGGAUUUUUUCAGUUUGUUUUGUCAUUUAAUAUAUCCUUUAUUCAUAGAGCUCUAAUACUCCGUCAAAAUGACUGGAUAUUAUUUACUGGCUCUUAUGCUCUUCAGACGCAUAAAAGAGCUGGGAUACCCUGCCAAUAUCAAGCCAUCUUCAGUUAUAAGUGAAUAUCUUUGUCCUUUUCCCUUUCAUUUAUCGUUUUAGAAUGGCUGUAAUGACUUAAGGUGUCAAAGCCACAUAAUGCAAUUGGAGUUCUGUGAUCAAGGCAAAACACAGCAGUGCUGAAAUAGUACUUGAAUAACAAUCAUAACGCAUCUCUUGAUAAAAUAAAUAAAAAGAAUGAAAGGCACUGUUGUUGUUCAAUAAAAUUGCAGCUGGUUACAGGCCGCACAAGACUUUCGCGAACGGCAGGAUAAACAAGACGGUGGGAAGCUAAGGAAAUCAUACAGGAUCAGGCUAGGUAUGCUUUUUUCACCAUAUGCUUGUUGUACUCACUACUUGAAGAAGUAGCCUUGGUUAAGGAUGUUUUAUAAGCACACAACAAAGAACGUUAAGGGAAUUUAUUGACCUUAAGGUCUGUUGAGCAUACCUUGCGGCCCCUCCUAAUUUAAGUUCGCGGAAGGCAACUUUAAUAUUUCAACAGUAUCGACAUCCGAUUCAAGCUGACAUCGAGAAUUGCGUUGGGUUAUUUUGUUGAGUGUGCAGCAAUGUCGGCAAAUGAUUUAAAUAGUGUCAGAAGUUUAUUAGAAAAUCAUACGGGCUCUAGCGGCUAUAGGUGUAGCUAGAUGAUAUUGUUUUCUGAUUUUCUUAUUAAAAAGAGGUCUUCUGGCGGACUAACCACACCGCGGUUUGUAAGUUACAAAAAUACAUACAUCGCAUUGUCCUUUUCUAUUUUCAAAUACUCGCGUUCUCGAGUCGCUUUCGGAUGCCUAAAAAAUCUUACUACUCGAGCUCUGCGUAGCAGCCAGUGACAAAAAAUGCAAGCAGUUUUUAUUUUCUUCAUCGUUGGUCGCCAAAACAGGGGUUAUGGUCCCAGGCGUUUAUGGCGAAAACCGUGGAAACUUGGGAUGAGAAGAGCGCCAUGCUUGUUUUGUGAAGAAAACUUUGGAAAGACGCCGAGUUUUUCCGGAACGGUCGGUCCACGAAUUCUAUCGCUUGAAAGCGUUGAUUACUUUGGAAGAAGUGAAUACCUCAGUGGUCCAAAAAAAAAGGAAGAAUCUUUAUGAGCAAAGCUUUGAUGGUGAGGCAAACAACAACAAGCAAAUCGCCAUGUUAAUACAAGUUAGCUCUUCUCAGUAUAUCCUUAUUCUUAACACUUCCCGUAUAUCUGGUUUUACUUUCUUGAAAUCGUCCAAAAUUUGGCUAUGUUAAACUGAAGGGCUUUUAAACCUCGCUUACAACCAACUUCCGUCAUUUUUCCUCUUAAAUUUGCGUGUAGGUUCAAAUUUUCGGGAAGUUCGAAAAAUCGUGGGUAAAAUUACAGCAAACGCGGUGGGGGAGAGGUUAGGGGAGUGGUUUGCCCUCCCCACCUCCCCACACAACCAGCACUUUAUGAGAUGGUCGGAAAAUACACUUGUUUCACCUGGUGUAUUUAAAAUCAUAGAGCACCAGAUUCAUAACUUACAAACUAAUUUCAUUUGCAAAUUUUUCAUUGACAUGCUGACCCCCUUUGUAUCUUUGUAAUACUUUUCUUUGUUCUUUUUAUUUCUUUUACUUGAGACUUUUAAAGGCAAGGCUUGGGUCACUUGGUCUGUUGCUGAAAAAAUGGUUAGAUUUUCUUUCGUAAGUUAUUGGCGUUUACAGCUUCUGUUUCUAUUCAGAAAUAAUUUGCUUUUUGGAUCAAGGUUUCUCCGAAUGGCUGGUUUUGUUAAGCUAAUAACACCGUUCUUCUCGCUUUCUUCCAACGCUGCUUACUGCCAUAAAACAAUUGAAACGGCAGAUAAGACGAAUGACGUGAACCGGAGGACGGAAUUUAGCAAGGACAAAAAGGGAGAGAAUGUUCAGAACACGUCUCAGGGAUACCCCUUGGAUCCGUUCCUCAAAAUAUGUGUUCUUUAGGCAAUAAGUUAUGCUGGCAGGAAGAUUUAGAAAAAAUAAUAUGUCCGUGGAAGGAAACUGUUGCUGGGAAUUAGACAAUUCAGGGUGUCUGAGGGGGUUUGAUGUCGAGCAUAGCUGCUAUGUGCUAUCUGAAUUUUGCCCUAUAACCACACCCAAAGUGACCAUUAAUGUCAGGACAUACGUCUGCUUGGAAACUUCCCAGAACGUCAGGUUGCAGGUUGUGGGUGCACCGUCCUUGCUGGCUUGGAACGCUUCCAUUAGUGAGAGUGAGGGACAGAUAAAUUUUUCCCAGCAAAUUCCCAAAAUGUUUAAAAUGGCUUCAGAAAGCUCUAUUCAUGCUUUGUUUUUUUUUUAGGUUUUAUUUCUCAAAAUUUCCCGUUAGGUGCCCCUGAAGUCUCAGCUGCAAAAUUGAAUAGCUCUGUGUUUUAGGUUCGAGUCAAUGAGUGAUGAUUGAUUUUCAAGCGUCAGAAGAUCAACCGGCCGAGCUGCGACAUCCUCUAAUCGUGGCGAAACUCGUCGAUGGUGUUUUAAGCUAUUUUAUCACCUGUAUGCUCACCCCUAAGGCCUCGGAUUCCCCCCCCCCCCCCCCCCCCUUCUUCCCCUCCACUCUAAAACUUGCUCCACGGUCAGGAUUGACAUUUAAGCUCUGACGUUGUUGUUGUUGCUGUUUGGUCCACAGUCAUUUAUUUCUCAAUUUUGUUUGCCUUUGAACAAAAGUGACUUGCAAAGAACGAUACUCAGAUCUUGAAAAGAGCAUCUACCUUCCAAGUCCCAAAAACGGAGGAUUCUCUGAACUAACAAAGACAUAUGAGGAUGGGUUUGAUGUUACGAAAACAGAUGAGUUUGUUAGCCUUCAUCCUUGCGCUCAGCUUGGAGCCAAACAGGUUAUAUAUUAUGUUGAUUAUUGCUUUGAAAUUCGUGACGUAAUUGCUUCUUUUAUAAAAAUAAGGCUAUAGCUAUAAUAAGCACCUCAACAAGGUUCAAACCCAGCAGCACUUAUUAUCAUAGCUUCAAUUAAACUUGCCUGAGAGACCAAAAGAAAAAAUUAUCGAUAUGAUUGAGAGCCUUUUUAAAUAGACCAUUUUAUAAGCCUUAUUCUAACCGUGUCUCCUUUAACACUUUCAAUAGGUAAUAGCCCAAUGUCUUUUUUUUCCCAUUUAGCUUAAGGAGAAUGGUUUCCCGAGUGAUUUUUCUCUCUCUCCUAAAGAAACUCUUCAGCUCUAUGACGUCAUGCUGAGCCACUGGCGUGAUAGAGAAUCUUUAAAGGUUAGUGAAUAAUUCGUUCUGAUUAAAUCUCUGCAAACGAUUUUUAACACGUUAUGUUUGGACGUUAAUUAGGAAUUCGAUUCCCUUUCCUGGAUGUGGACUCCUUAAGCCAAAGGAUUUAUGGAUCAAGCCAACAGAGGCCGCCACACUCCAAGUUUCUUGAAACGCUUUUUCAGCAUUUCAGGUUUACACUAUACCGCAGUUACUAGUUAAAGGAGAAACUAAUAAUAUGGAGGUGACCUAGUGCGUUUAAGAAACUGCGCUUAAUUUCGCUCUAACUCUUUAAUCCACUUGAUAACAGUUGUUUAAGCUCUUAUUUAAUUGUUUUUUUCUUAAUGAUCUCGUUUUGUAGAGACUUGCUCCUGAGCAGUAUUUCAAGGAGAAGAGGUUCAUUCACAAAAAGCAUGUAAGAGAGUACGAGGAGGAACUGAAGAAGGAGUUCAAAUCCUGGACGGAUCACCAAGAACAGUUUAAAAAGGUACAGUAAGGUAGUUCUAGCUUUUUAUUCUGGCCGGCUGGCGAUUGCAUGUAAUCAUUCAAUGAAGUCUCAUCUAGAAUACUAUUGUCACGGACGUCGGCACUCUAGGGAAUGAAAAAAUGAUGGUUGAUCAUUCAAAUGAAAUAUAAUGCAGGCAGCUGCUAGCCUGCAUUGCUGGCAAAUUUGUUGGAUAGCGGUAAAGGAAAGUUCAUUCUCGUCGAGACCACGAGAGAAGUGAGGUCCCCGAACUCGUGGAAAGUGUCGCCCAUUCCAUCACCUCCGGAGGCUGUGCUGGACUACUUUGAACGAUUCAGAUCCAUCAGGACAGCUUCCAUACUGUUCAGUUUAGGGAAAAUAUCCACAAUAAUGCUUAGGUAUGGAAAUGAGCACCUUUCUUUAUAGGUUCUUGAUCAUUUCAUUAGCCACCGUGAAUUCCAGUGAAUUGCUGAGGGCAUUUCAGGGGGUCAUGUUUUGAAGUGCUCGUGAUACUCUGUAUAAAUUUGUUAAAAAAAGGGUCCUAAUCCUUUCAACGUACUUUCCUGGAUUUUUGCCGAGAAUUUCUCCAUAACUUCGAUCUCCACGUUGCAGCGAUCCUGGUACAAAAUAAGAUUGCGGCAGCCGACUGUCUUUGCGACACCAGAUUUCGGUCAGGAAACGUUGAGGUACGGUAAACGUGACCAUAUUCAAUAGCGCGUUUGAAACGUCUACUCGCUUUCCUUUGCUUCUUUUUACCGAAUGUGAGUGGUCACCAUCAUGCAGCUCGAACAUACGUUCCAUAUUCAGAGACAUUUCUGCAGCUGACUUGGAUGUCGAAGUAAGUUUGUUCAGGUAGGAAUAUCCUUUAUCGAUGCAUAAAAUAGGAACUAUUUAACCGUUCGUUUGUGGAAAUUUACAAUGUGAUUGAAGAGGCCAUUCGGCAAUGUUUCGUCAGCCUAAUAUUUUUGUCGAUUAGGGUUUCCAAGUAAAAAAAUUUAUGGCAACACACACCUGUGUAGCCGUGUUUCCAUGCCAGAGGGAGCUAAGCCAACCACAAGCAAAUUUUCCUUUUCUCCUCAAUCACUGAGCUGGCGUUGGCUAGUAUUCCGGCCAAAAGAAGAACGCAUAAAGUAACGUCACUUAUGGCGUAAGGAUUUGGCCAUCUUUGUGUAUAUAGCUAACGGAGCUAUAUUUUCCCACGGAAUCUGCACUUCAGAUUCCUUUGUCCAUCGGCCGCCUCUUAGUUUUUCUUCUGCCGGAUCCGAAAUUUGGAAAAAUUGUAACAUGGUGCCAAAAAGCACGCAAAGCCACGAUCAUUUUGGCCAGUGUCAGCCAGGGAUUCGUCGGUAGGUAUUUCAGAUGCAUAUCCACAGAUCGAUCGAUCCACUGUUCUACCGAACCACCCAUCUAAAUAUCCACCUAUCUACCGACCCAUCGUUGUAGUGAACCAUCGCCAAAUUAUCUGUUACUCAAUUGAUAUUACAUAGUUGUAGUGAGCCAUUGAUAAAUCAGUUUAAAUGUUACAGGUGAACAUUUGUGACAUCAGUCGUGAGGUUUUAAACCGAGGUACUAGGAUUCUUGCCAAGGCUGGUUCUUAUGGCUCAAUCAAUCCCAAGCGUGCCCAUCCACCCUCAAGGCAUUUUUCGGGCAUUUGUCAAGUGCUGUGUUCCUACGAUGGGGUUCUUGUCAUCAAACGUCUACCCGGUAGUAGGGAAUUUUGUCACUUAAAAAUUUCGUCUUAUUUGCUAUCACUAUCACCUCCAUAAAAGUAACCUCUAUGGCACAUAAGAAGGUCCGAAACACGAGCUUAUUAACGAAAGAUUUGGUAGCUCAAAACUUCGAGUUCACUUUUUGCUUUGUCCCCAGGGUGGGCUAAGUGAACACGUUCUCCGGGCCACACUGUUGGGCAUUUCCAGCUUUCCGAAGAAAAAAUGACAAAUGCCCGACAAAUGCUGGGGGAAUGGGCACGCUCGGGAUUGAUUGAGCCUGGUAGGCAAUAUCGCCAUCUCAUCUUCACUAAGCAAACGUGAAGCCUCUUCUACUUCUUCUUAUGUUAGGGAAAUGUUUUCCAUGUUGCCUCUUUUUGCCGAAAACUAUAGCUAUAUCAUUAUUUUUUUUGGAUGCUUCUCUUCUCUCUUGAGAUCAUAUCGAUUUAUGUUUUUGACGUGUGGCUUUGCCAGCCAUUGUGCUGUCGGGUCUCCGACUACCUAAGAACUCAACAGUUCGGGUUUGUCCACAAAGUAAACACAGUCUUAAUUAACACUUUGCAGUUUUAAUUGUAGCAACUGUAAAUUCCCCAGUAUUUUUUCUUGUUCAUUUUAAAAUUUUUUUCGCUAGGCGAAGUCAGUGAUUAAGUCGCUGAAUUCUGUCUGCGAAAAGAAAUUGACCUCAAUUGAAGGAGAAUGGUCGGAACUUGGGAUCGGGUCGACAGGUAAACGGGUCAUCUUGCAUAAUUAUGCAAAACUGGUUGAACAACUUAAAGCGCAAGAUAAACUACCAGCCCUUGUGUUUAGGUAAGAUGCCACGAACCAAUUUAGCUGUUACCACUUAUAUAUGUAUGAUCGUCGAGUUCCAGAGCUUACGGUAAUGGGUGGUCAUCUUAGUUUCAGUACAUAAAAGUGUGACCUGGGGAAGACUACUUCAAGUCUACCUCGGGCGGGGGGGGGGAGGGGAAGAAGGCGAGAAACCUCCCCCCACCCCAUUGGCACUAUAAGCCUCCCGGAUUACAUUUGAAACCUUGAUGAUUGAUGAUUACAUUCCCAUUGCAGUAAGCGCUUGAUGUCGACGAUCUUACGGAAAAAUUAGUAGGGGACUGCAAACAGGGCUAUACAUACAUGCAUACAUACAUACAUACAUACAUACAUAUACUUUAUUUAUGCUCGAAAUUUACAGAGUAGCUGUAGAGCUAAUAUAUUCGAGAAAAUAAGUUAAAAUAAGAUAAAAUAUGCUAUAUUACAGUUCCAAUAUUAUUUAUAAACUAUAUACAACAUUAUGCAUGCAGAGGGAAAUAUAACUUGUAAAUCUACUGUGGAAAAGCUUCUUAUCUGAGGAUCUCCUGCUUGAAUUCUAGAAAAUUUAAUGUUUUGUAAGUGUCUGGGAGAGAGUUCCAUACUUUGCUAGCUAAGUAUGAAAAAGAGUGCAGACCAUAAGUCGUUGUUUUUGGGUUGGGAAGGGCCAGGUUAUGAUUUCCGCGCAAAAUGUAGGAUGAAGACCGUACGAUGAACAUAUCUUUUAAAUAACCUGGAUAAUUCGUAAAGAACAGACCCUUAUAUAAUGUGAUCAUGACGUUCUGGAGGCGUCUAAUGAAUAGAGAUAUAAAAAAUGCUAUGUUUUUUUGUUAAUUAGCUUUGAACGAAGACUCUGUGAACUGCUGGCGUUUAUACUUACUGAACAAUUUGAAGACAGAGAAGAUGCUAUUAGGGAACGCACAAGAAAAUCUGAUGAGAAGAAACGUUCACAGGCAGAAAAGAAGGCUAAAAGGACUAGAGAUGCAACGGAAAAGGAGAAGGAGAAAAGGUAACGUUAAAAAUAAUUCCAUAGUUCAAAUGUAACUUAAAGGGGCUGCAGUGUCACGGCUGUCUAUAGCUCAUUUUGUUAAUUUUGCCUAUUACGCUUCCUUCAGCGCUGUGGAACUUGUGAAAUUAGUUGUAAAUGACAAAAUGAUAGCUUCUUCACGAACAAAUAUACUUCCCAAGCAUUAUAUCAAACGUUACAAACAACAAAAAUGAGCUUUGAAAAACUGUUAGGCCAUCACGUUUUCAAAAACCCGCUUACAUUUUAAAUCCGUUAAAAUCUUUUUCAGGUUUGUCCAUUCGCGCCUACUUUUGUAUUUUUCUGUGUUUUAAUACCUUGCCUAGUCCCUAGGCCUCAUUAUUCCCCGCGGCUAAAGCGUUUCGGGUCACGUGGUCCAAGCGAAAAUGUGAUGUGUUGCGAAAGUGAAAUGUUUCCCGCCCGUUUACCUAGGAUACGUCACCGAAGUGAAUUGACCGAGAGGGACUGGGAAAACGCCGUACAGGGACUAGGCAAAUUAAUACCUUCUUUUAAUGUUUUGUUCGAUUAUUUUUAUGUUUCACUCAAUUUGGUAGCAGCUCCUACCGUUAGAAUUAAAUUUUUAUAAAAGUCGUGACACAGCUCCCUACUGUGACCCUGCAUCUCCACUGUCAUCAGAUCCAGCAGCAAACGAGAUAAACUAGAAGAAGAACAAGAUGAUAAGAAUUUGCCAGAUUUGGACGAACCUCUACCACAAUGUACUUUGUCCGUGACCCAUGGAAUUGGCAAACAGGUAAUAAAUUUGGUGGGACUCAGUUUAAAUUCUGUUAGUUCCCCGUUUAUUUGCUCCUGCCAGUAGUUGAAUUGUAUAAACAAGACUCGGGUUAUUAUUCCUUUGAGUUUAAUUGGGGUAAACUUUUGCAAGUAUAUACAAAACUGCUUCCUUAACUUUUACAAAUCCAACACAAAAAUAUGUAGAUCUUUUACCUCUCAUUAACCUUUCUUUAAAGACUUUUACACCGUUGGUUUUUUUGUCGAUUUCCGACUCUUGAAAGUGUCUGUCAACUACAAACUGACAGCAUCGUCGUCUCCAUAGACUGACGCAGUCAAGCACCUCUAGCGUUGUGGCCACUUUUACAAACCAGUUCAUCAUUAGAGGCAAGAGGUCACAAAAGAAGUACAAAAAAGGGUCGAAAAAUCGAAGAGGUUUAUAGCUAAGGGCGAAUAACACUUCAUUUUUCUCUAUAAACCGCACGAAUUCUGUUGGAGCAAAAUGUAACUUGCGUUUUUGGUUUUUGUUUCAUUCUUUAGUUUACUGUUUUUUUCAGCGAGUUUAUAUUUUGUCUUUUAUUUUUAGCGGGUGAUGAAGAUAAUGCAUCGCAUACGGGAAAUUCACAGUAGAGGCCCGUUCAAGCGUGCGUUGAGGCGAGGAAUAAGCUUUCACCAUGCUGGAAUGAAAAACAAAAUUCGCACGGUGGUCGAGAUGCUCUUUAGGGAGAAAUGUCUUCAGGUAAGAUAGAUAAACCAAAACUGUUAACAAACAAUUAUGUAAUUCUCUAGUUUAUAACCUAAAAUUUUAGUGGCUAUGUGUACGCAGUUUCUAUAUAAUUUUCAUGGCGUGUACUCCUUUUUAAGUACCAAAAGUGGUUUAUUUUAAUUUGAGGGAAUUUAACGUUACGUUCGAUAUUCCCAGUUCAAUAAAGCUUUUUGCAUUACCGGUAAUUUGCAAGAACUGACUAUUUUUACAAAACAGCUGAUGUUCGGCUAAGGGCUGUGAGGUGAGAGUAGUAUUUGUGCAUUUAAUUAAUUUUUGUGUGGAAUACAUGAACGCCGAUGACGUCGUAGCCUUUUGUCUUUAUCUCAUGAAUAAAAUGCGCAGGAAUCUCACUAAGAUAAGGCCAUGUCCUAUUUUCAGUUGAUUUAACCGGUUCUACAGGUUUUUAGUUGACGGAUGAUGUCAUAAUGCAUUUUAACUAUGUGUGUCAUAUCCUUACUUGGGUAUCAUAAUGUCCAAUCCUACAAUAGGAACAAUAGGCUUGCCUAGACUUUCUCGCUCUAUACCCACCUGAUUGUUGAUGUAGAAUCUAUUAUGUGUUCAAAAUAAAAGCGCGCAGAUUUCGAACGCGAUGUCUUUCUUGCAAUCGCUUUGCUAUGAAAACUUAUUUGUUCCAGUUCGCUAUACUGAGUAAAAAAUCGAAUAUAAAAAAACCUCAGACACAAAAUGGGGCUUAAAAGACUAUUUAUUUCAAUCUUGAUUGGCCAUUAACAAAACCGUUCUGUCUAGUCUCAGCGUUUGGUGAGCAUCUGACCUAUUCGCUUUUUCGUGCAUCACGUGUGUUCUCAAUAAAUUAUCCGUGCAUGUCUACACAAUUUCCCUAUAGAGAUCCCUAUAGUUCACUUUGGAAAAGAGUGAUAGCCUGGGACCCCAGCUAGGCGCGCGCGCAUUUAUGGGAUUAUUUGGGGGGACGUGAAUGUAAACAAACAUGGCGGAAAGCGGACUGAAAUGUUUUAGCAGAGUUAAAACAGCUCAAAAUAACAAAAAGGAAGGUGCAAUUGAAAGAACAAAAAAACAUGAAAAUGUGAAGCUGAAGGAAGAUGUGCCUGGGAGAUUUUACUUUGAGAAAAACUAGAACAAUGCAAAUCCGUGUGCUAUCGGAGUUCAACUUCAAAUUAGCGUUCCGAAACAAACGUACAUAUUCUCGCUGGAUACGUCUCGUCUUUGGUAUUCUAUAGAAUGUCAGACCAGGGGAGUUCCUGAAGUUAUUUGUGCACAAAGGCACACAACAACGUGCAUGCCUCGUCAUAACACAAGGCGGCUGCUCACUUUGUCGCCCCAAACAAUCCCAUAAAUACGCGCGCGUUUAGUUUGGGUCCCAGGCUAUCACUCUUUUCCGAAGUGGGCUAUAGCCUAAGCCAACAGUUCGACUUCCUUUGUUUCUUGCGGUUUGGCUUGUUCUUUGUAGUUGUUCUUUUAGCUUUUGCUUCAAAAGGUGCUUCAUUUCUUUGUGAUCUUGACAGUUCGUACGGUACACAGUUAGAAACAGUUAUGACGUCAUUCAUCUAACAAUAACUAAAAACCCGUAAAACCGGUUAAACCAACUAAAAAUAGUACAUGACCUUAUCUAAUCGGCUAAUUCCUCAACUUAGAGUCUCCUCUGAUCUGACGGGUCAAACAGGUGAGUCGGUUCAAACCCCGGGAAAGCCAAAAUAACAAUUCUUUCUUCCUCGAAUUAGUUAAUGAAUAAAUCAAAGAAAUCCAAGUGAUCUCGAGAUAUCUCGAACUAAUUCGGCUCUCACUUCGUCAAAUAGCCGAAUAAAACCGAAAACCUACGGACUUUGCGUGCCCAAACUUGCACCACAAAAAAGCAAAUUUGGGACAUUCCUGAGCGUUGCGAAUGCUUUACUUCGCGCUCCACCGAAGUAAUAAAGACAAAACGCUAUGACGUCAUCGGCGUAAAUGUAUUCCACCCAAAAAUUAAUUAAAUCCACAAAAAAAGGUUGUAAAAUUCGGUCCCUUCUAUACUACUGGUGAGAUAUAAUUGGGAACCAUUUUUGUGCUUUGUGCUCAACUGGUACGCGUAAUACGGUUUUUGAACGGUAAAUUAAUUGUCAGUAAUUGAAGGGAAUCCCAAAACAUCGAGUUUGGAUUCGAGUUCGAGUUCGAGUUCGACUUUUUACCCUUUAAUGUGGCAUCUGGCGGGGGAGGGGGGGGCGGGUACUCCGGAUUUCAAGUGAAGGGGAUGAUCGAAUUGGGGCAAAAAUCAAAACCCCCCAAAACUUCUAGGGCUUCCAACAAAACCCAAAAAUAUCCCUGGUCUAAAAAUUAACCCCCCAAAAAAUCCCAUGCCGAAUUUCCAAGAGUUAAAAACUGAAGCCGAAAGCAAGUUUGGUUGUAUUUUAUUCGCAGAACUGCGCCAUUCGGGCAUACGCGGGCGCCACCGCAAAUUUUCAGAUUGUUUUAAAUACCACCAAAAAUGCAAACCUAAAUAAAGCCACCCAUAAAAAUACUUGCCUAUUGCCUAUUUUUCAGAAUCUAAGAUUUCAAACCCCCAAAAAUCCUUCCAUCAUCCCCAUCACUUGAAAUCCGGAGUGGCCUUAGGGUUUUCGAGGGGUAUGUAAUUGUUCCUAUCGUCUAGUAUAAGAUCUCUCCUUCCAGUAUUUUAUCUAGUUUGUUCAUAAUGACCGUGGUAGUACCUUUAUCCGUUUUCUUGACGUUUAUUUUAGAAUUAGUAUAACCUCUGUGAUAGCCUUUCUCUCAUUCAGCGUCAACUUUUGCCUAGCUUUGGUUAUCGGCCGUGUAUGCGCAAACCUCGAGAGAGCAGAUUAAUGUGAUCAUUAGUAUGUUCUAAACUGGAGACUGAGGUUCUUUAUGUAUUUUUUCUUGGAUUCUGUUUUCACAGCUGCUGAUGUAGUAUUAUUGUAAAGCGUUGUUGUUGCUGUUUUUUUUUGUUCAGUGGAACCCAGUUAAUAUGGUCACCAAUGGGCCAAAAAAAAUUGGCCGUGCUGACGAGGGUUUUUUUACAAGAAAAUGUAUGGCGGUUUUUGCCAGGCGGCCAAAAAAGAGUGGCUGUAAUAACGAGGUGGCCGUAGCCUGAGGCGGGGUUUCACUGCACUAUUUUUUUCUACACUGUCUAAAUUACUUCAAAAUAUUUGUCUUGCAAAACACCUCGCUCGAGUUUGCGUCAAAGUUACGAUGAAUGUUAAAAAUGAUGAGUUUCGGGGAAAUAAACGCGGUUCAGGCAGAAAGAUUACGAACUGAAACGCAUUCAGCGCAUUUCUGACACUCAUAACCUCUGCGAAGUCAGACACAAUAUAAGUAUAUCUUUAUCUCUGGUUUGCUAAUAUUUUUGAAUUUUGGGUCGGAAUCGCUUCGAUUUCCUCUCAGAAAUACUUCAACGUCAAAAUUCGUCCUAAAAAAGAUCCCUUGAUCGCUAAAAAUGACUCGAAAAGUAACUCGAAGUUCAACUCGAAUUCCAACUUGAAGUCUAACUCGAACUUCAACUCGAACUCGAACACGAAUCCAAACUUGAACAUGCCCUACUCACCUAAUUGAAGGAAAAGCAGCCGAAUUUCUAAUCGAAAAAAUAUUUUGGAAAAUACUUUAGAAUUACUCCACUACUUUUUGUUAUUUGGGCGUCGCCCAAAUAGAAUGAUCGAGAUCGCUUGUUUUGAUUCAAAGUUGCAAUAGGCACACAAUACGUGCGAACGUAAAUAAGCCAAGCGACCCGACUAGAAUGUCUCCCUCGUGAUGUGUUACGACACAGCAUUUAUCCUCUUUACAUACGUCCCACAGAUAACGCACGGCAUACAAAUCAGCAAUAGAAAUCAAACGUAUUGAAAAAACAAGGUACACUGAGUGAAACAAACUAUUAAAUAAUUUAAAUUUUUCCUUCGGAAAAUAGUUGUCCUCGCAGCACACGGCGUGAAUGUUUUUCCUCCGGACCAUAGGUACCGGUCAUUGCCCUUUUCCAUUGUACAGACUCUUCACUGACAGUAAGGACACUUGAUUUUUAAGAAUUUUGACGGCAAAUCUGUCGAAAAUAAUUGAAAUUGACGGGCUUGGCUUAUUGCCAAGAGUUUGACAAUAUUUUUGCCCUCAGUUGUCGAGAGCCAAAGAAGAUGUCACGCAAAAUGACAAUACAACUCACAGUAAGGGCCUGAUCACAUGAGCCGGGCUGGCUAACCAGAUUCUACGCCCUUCCCCUUGACUUCACCGAUUUUUCAAAGCCCCCCGAACACACACACAAAAUUUCAGUUCCCCCCCGCAACAUCAUCUUACCCCCUUCUCCUUAUUAAACGAACUUUCCCUAAUCCACGUUCUCUCCAUAAAAAUAUUAUCAAAAAUAACCGAAAAACAAUCCUAAACAGAUAGCCUUACCUGUUAAAAAUAAGAACAUGAAUGUUUUCGACUAUUGAUAGGAUCUUUCACAACCACCACUUCAUUUCAACGGAUUGUAACUGCAUUAUCCCUUCAUAACCAAAUAAGCACUCCCACAACUACUUCACUGCAACACCUAAAAUCACUUUUACCUUCCAAAACAACAUUAUUUGUUACUUCAUAUUAAAUUCUACCAGAGACGAGUUUCAGUGAUUAACAAACUACAACCAUUAUCUUACCAAUCCACGUCCAAUAUAUCUCCACCUCUUCCACUUCACUCAUCUCAUCUAAAAUACACAACGCUACUGCACUACUCACACAUCCCUAGUACAUCGAUACCCAAAUAUACGCUCUCACAGCGUCGUGUUUCUUUUGUAGACAAUUCAGUCGUUCGUGAUAUAACUAACCUAGCAGAAGAGUUCUUCCCCAUUACCAGAUAUUAGGCGCAAUUGAGCUUUUCAAUCCUAAAAUUCUUUACGAGGUAGGAAUAUAUUAUGCAAAGGUCCUUUCUUGGCCUAGGAUUGUCUUUUGGCUAUUCUCAAUCCGUAGGUUGUCUCGGCUACAGGUACUCUCGCCCUUGGUAUCCAUAUGCCUUGCAAGACCGUUGUGUUCGCUGGAGAUUCUCCGUUCUUAAACUCUUUGAUGUACAGACAAGUAAGUAGGCCACGAAUGUUAGAAUAUUGAAACUCUUGUCGAUAAAAUGUUUAAAUGGAUAACCACUCUUGUAUGAUGGUGGUUUAGCGGCUUGCGUGCUGGACUAAAGGACAAAUGAGGGUCGGUGGUUCGAUUCCUUAUCUUUGCCGUCGUCCUGUUUCCUUUGACAAAAGACCUCACCUUGUCCCUCUCUAAGCUGCACUAAGACAGUGAGGGGCUCACGAGGCUCAGUGAGAAGCUCAUGCAAGAAAACAGUAUGGUCACUACCUUACACUUACGGUCGCAUCAGCCAUCCAAGCUGCUUUAAAUAUUCUUGUUAAGAUUCACAAUCACGGCAGUUAGUAGCCCCAGGCAGUUCUCCCGUCAGCAGAGGCCUUUUUUGCUGUUACGAUGCCGGGAGGAGGGAAUAUGAAAGUGGAAUAUCUGUUAGAGCCUCUAUCCUAACAAUCAGCGCUUAUUACCUAGGGGUAGAGCUCCACGGUAGCCUGCAGUAUUUUCCAGCCUGUUGGAAUGCGGUAGCGCGUGCGCCUUAGGCAGCCUUUUUGUUUUCUCUCUGACCAGGUGUAGGAAUUGUUACCGACGUGAUUAUGCUUUGUGUUUAGCAUGUGAAUUGAUGGCAUUGAAUGUAGGGUAAGGCGAAUACCCCUAGGUUACGGUGGCUCGUAAGGACAAAACACUUUCCAGAAUCCAAAACAUGUCCCACAAUCCAAAAUCACUUCCCUGGAUCCAAAACAUUUCCCAGAAUCCAAAACACGUCCCAGAAUCCAAAAAAACUUCCCAGAAUACAAAAACACUUCUAAGAAUCGAAAACACAUCCCAGAAACCAAAAAACAUCCAAGAAUCCAAAAUACUUCCAGAAUCCAAAACACAACUUAAGAUUCUGGAACGUGUUUUGGAUUCUGGGAAGUGUUUUGUCCCUAUGAGCGACGGUAGUAGGUACUUAACCCUACAGAAACUUGGUUAGGGUUCAGCAGUGUGGGAUCCCUGUAAAGCAGCGCAAACAAGCAUUACAAGUACAACACAUUUUUUUGAUCUAUUCAUUUUACAUUUAAUCAAUAUAUUCUGUUUUGUGACCGCCUAUGGGCAAAUAGCCAUAUGGCCAAUGGUAAUGUUCCCUCUAACUACAAUAUUCAAAUAGUGCCUGUCUCUUACAGAUGUCCGGAAGAGCGGGCCGCAGAGGUUUUGACCCAGUGGGCAAUGUGAUUUUUUUUGGAAUUCCUUACCAGAAGGUUCAACGUCUCAUGACAGCCAAUAUACCGAAGCUUGUUGGAAACUUCCCUAUAAACGUUUCGCUUGUUUUGCGCCUGCUCCUGAUGACGUCAACAGGAGACGACAAACAAGAUGCGUUUACUAAGGUCAGAUAACGGCAAGGUCACCUAUUCAAAUGUUACUUCCUAAAUCAAAGACUUUUAAAGACUGAAAUGUAGAGAGAGUUGUCACUUGAGUCAAAAAGUUCUUAACCAGUGCUUUCAAAGCACAAUUAAUAGUCUGCGAUUAAGUGAAGAUGUGAAUGUAACCAUAGCUAGCAUUGCUGGCAAGUACUUUCGGUUCUUAGUUGCUGGAGUGCUUUGAAAACUAGCUUAAUGUACUGUUCCCCUUCGAGGGUAAAAUUAAACUGCCUGUAAAUGUGACGAAGUAAUCUUUUUUUUUUUUCUUGUUCCUUUUUCAUGUAUCAGGAUGCAUUUUUGGCAUGGUUUGCGUGGUUUGCUACUGAGUGAUUGUAAGCUUUAUUUGUUGUAGGCUCUAACACUGUUAUCCCACCCAUUUAUCUGCAAAAAGCAUCCCGAAAUGGAGAGUCAGAUCAAGAAACAUUUCCUCUUCAGCGUCGAACUUCUUGCCAGAUUGGUGGGUAACACAAAAUUUCAUCUGCCCAGCAUGUUUUCUUUUUUAUACAGAAUGAAGAAAGGGGGCUAAAAUAUACAUGCCAAGCAAGACAGUAUUAAUAUUGUUUAUUGGAAAAACCUUUUUGUUUCAUCUCAGGGUCUCAUAAACAAGGACACCGGAGCACCACAAGAGAUGGCGGGACUCGUGACUCAUCUACACUACCACGAGCCCUCUAAUUUCGUCCUAGUGAGCUUUCUACAAAAGGGCCUUUUUCAUGAGCUUUGUGAACCAGGCGAAAAUGGUAAGAGAACCAAAAACGUUUAAAUUAGUGCUUGACGACUAAAUCAGUUAUUUCACCAAGUUCCUCUACAAGUCUAUGUCUGUGUUAAAACUUUUCAAAGAAUCAUUUUUUCUCCAAUUUAUUAUUACAGGAAGGUUUUCUGAAGACGUCAUGAGGUCAAUGGUUCUUAUACUUAACCAUUUGUUUGGUCGAACAUUCCUUCAUUCUUCUUACAAGCGAUGGGUUCCCUCUUGUCCAACCUCAAAGGUACACUGAGUCUCUUAAUGUUGAUAUCAUUGGGUGUUGUUUGAUUGACAGGGAAGCUAUCUCUUGCCCAUUAGUAAGUACUGUUAUACACCUUUAACCAAACACUUUAAGCCUUACCUUCACUUCAAGCUGGCACACUAGAUAACUAAGUUUAGUAUCCAAGGACUAGACUAUUUGUAUGUACUUUCUUUAACAGGUUGUUUUGGAAGAUCUUCCCGAAGAGUUUAGUGACGCUCUUCAAGGUUACAACGCUGAGGUUACAAAGGUUUUCAGCCAGUAUCUAAUUACUGUAGCAACAGAGCAUGAAAGGCAGCGAGGAGAGGAAAACAAACUUCCCUUGUCAGGAAUAGGUAAGACUGAAGAAAAUAAUCCCUAUAGAGUGGAACAACUGUCUAUUAUAUACAGCAUCAAACCCGAGUUGUUUUAAGAGUGGCUAAGGGACUCUUUUAGUCCCUACAUCGGUAAGAAAAUGCCAUUGGCUUUAAAAGAACACUGUCCCAAUUAAGCGCUCACGCGAACGUCCAUCAUCCAGCCAGUGACGUCAAGGUGCACUGUGGGUUUCCAGGCAACCGAUUUUGCGGCCUCCCAAGUGAAUCCGAUGAGGCUUGCUUUAAUAUCUAUCGGUUCUGUUUUUGUAGCGGCCAUUUUAGGAGUCGAUAAAUGCUUUGUGCGAUGGGUUUCGCAGGCAAAAAUACUUUUAAGAGAAAAUGGAAGCGAUUUGGGUCAUUAGCCUCAUGAUAUAAACGAAAAUCGAGGUAAUAAAACACAUGUUUUGCGUUCCACUUCGGAGACGAAUUUAUACCGUGUCGGCUUAGUUAGGCAUCUGUGCUUUAAAUGCGAUGAAAUUUAUACGGGAUAUUUUGCGCCUUAUUUUAUUUUUUUUUCCAAUGAAAGACGCUUCUUAUUUUUCCUCGUAUAAAUGGCCCUAAUGUAUAAGAGGUCCCGAGUUCCAAUCCGGGCGGAACUUUCUUCCUACUUCUUGCCGUUCCCCAGAAGUGCUUCGCGUGGUCUUGCGAUUCACAUAUUUAUAGUGUUAUGAUUCCAUUGCACUCGUUUCCCUUUACAUUAAUUUAGUGCCUGUUUGGUUGAUUUGUCGGCCGUACUCUUACAGGAGGUUUAGUUUACUUACACGUCGUUGCAAAACAUCGUGCUUCAAGAAGUCCGCACAAAAUCUCUUCAGUCACAUCCAUGUCUCAUGUGUUUUCUUCUUUUUUCGCCACUUCCACAUUUCCCAUAGUACACCUUAUUUGGCCCCCCAAAUUUUGCAUAACCUUUGUUUUUCAUUUCUCCUGGGUAUUGCAGCCGUCCCAAGAGAAAUGAAAACAAUACUUAUGAAAAAUUUUUGGGGGCAAAUAAGGCGCAGUAUAGGAAAUGUGGAAAUGGCGUGUAUCUAGUAUUUUCUUGUGCUGUUACUUUUCCCCUUAUUCCUUUCACGAUUAUCUGAGCUUCUUUGGAGGCUGGCGGGAAAAAAUAAGCCUUCAACCACACUUUGAUUACUGUAGUACUAUCUGGGAUGGCUUGUAGCAUCAGCUCAGGGACAGUCUCGAAAAACUACAAAAUCGUGCGGUUAGAGUCAUCACCAAAUCAAGAUAUGUCUCGAGUCUCGCUUGGUUAGGACAACUUAUCGAUUAGAAGGGCUAAACAAAAGGCUAAAGUUAAUGUACAAGUGUAGUUAUAAUUUCGCUCCAGCUUAUCUCUGUAAUUUUUUUUGCCCUAAGAAUAUCUAAUUAUGACCUUCUCGACGCUAACGGAAAAAUUUUUACUUCCGAAACCAAGAACUGACCAACCAAGCGUAGUUUUAGUUACAGUGGUGCUCUUUUAUGACACAUACGUACACCAUAUUCUUUAGACGUCUUAAAGAGAAGCAUUCAUAGUUGCUUUGCUGAUCAGUAAUCCUACCUGGCAAAAAUGUAACCAGUUAUAGAGAACUUUUAUUUAUUUUCUGUCGUACACUGAUUUUUUUCAAUUGUGUAAGUAAAGUUAACAUUAAUUUACUCAUUCAUUCAUGCAAAGGGACUUUUGAAGAUUCUUCAACACCACUCGCAUCUUUUUAAUUUGCGACAUCCUCUCAAAAACUCAAAGUUUGAUACAUGUAUAGUGUAGAUUCUAUUCCAAGACUGUAAGCUCUUAGCAAAACAAAACUAUCUCGACAAAUCUCGACACGUCUCGAGUCAAGUUCCAUAGAAGAGAGUCCGAAUUCAAAACGUCACAUGACAUAAACACGUGAUAAUUGUCAGGACGUACAUAAUGUAACGCAACUCGAAAUGUCACUAAUUUUUCUUCCCCUCCCGAAUUACAGGGAAGCUGAAAUUCGAGUACAUUUUAACUGAAAUAUAUCCUUAGCUCUAGAUCAUAGUUCUCGGAAGUGUUCUUGUUACACAUUAAUCUGAUUACAGUUCGGUGUCCUUUAAGGGUCUUGCCAUUAACCCGUACGUCCACCACUCGCAGAAGGCCGUCAGGGCCCGGGUACGUGUAACUCGAUGCGCGCAACAUUCCACUGUCGCCUCACUGUUCCGGGAUCAAUAACAACGACAACAUCUCCAACCCCCAAAUUGUCGUUACGGAAGUACCACUUCUGUCUUGAUCCAAUCUGCGGUAAGUAUUCUUUUAUCAAUCGGUUCCACACAUGUCUUGUGAGCUCUUGUAGUCUUCUCCAGCGCUUUUCUGGGAUUAAAUGACUCGGUGUCUACGCUCUCCGGUACAAAAUCACCACCUAUCUGUCCGAUCAGAAAGUGAUUUGGAGUCAAGACACGGUCGUCGUUAGGGCCGUCACUCACAGCUGUUAAAGGUCUCGAAUUCAGCAACUCCUGCAUCACCGAGUACAGCAAAAAUAGCUUGCUUUGCUGACUAGAUCAUAGAUUCAAAGACUCCACCAAAAUGUGGCGCUGCAGGUGGAUUCGACUUCCAAUUCAGUCCUUUAUUGGAGGUCAUCCGGUGUAUCAUGUCUUAGUCUAUAGCAAAGACUAGGUCUCGCAGUUCCCUCGAUGCGCUUACAAAGUUCGUUCCAUUGUCACUUAACAUUUGCUGUAGCCAUCCUCUCCGCGCAGUCAUUCUGACAAAAGCGUUAAGAAAGGCAUCAGUGUCCAAAGACGACGCCAUCUCUAAGUUGCAACAAUGGGUCUUCAAACAGAGAAACAAACACAAAUAGCACUUUUCUCGCACUCUUCCACGUCCUUGCUUAGUUAAGAAAGGUCCUCCAAAGUCUACUGCACAGCUCUCGAAAGGUCUGGAGGAUUGCUGCAGUCUAAUGUUCGGUAACGGCGCCAUUCGCUGGUGAGCUGGCUUUGACCGAAAUCGUCUCGCACACUCAAAACAUUCCCUCAUGACUCUUUUCACUUGUUCACGAACAUGGCCCACUAAGUAUUUCUCCCGUGCAUGAUUAAUGGUAUAGUUAAGCUCCAUCUGUUAACCUUCUAAUUCAAGGUAGUGCAUAACGAUCAGUCCUGCGACGUGAUUCCUCUUACGCAGUAUGAUUGGACACUUUACAUCAUAUGGGAGAUCGUCCGCAUGCCGUAGUCUGGUGCUGGACCUCAACACUGGAUUAAAUGGUGCAAAUGUACUUCCUCUUAGGAUUUGCUUGUUCCUUGUCAAUGACUUUUUCUCUACUGAGUACACUUUAGACUGAACCUCCUGAAUGAUAAAUUCCUCAGCGUUUUGAAGCUCCAGUGGCUUCAGUUCACUCUUCUCUCUUUGCUCAGCCGGUUUCCUACAAUUGUCUGUAAGUCGGCGCACCCACGCUGUCACACGAACUAAAGACAACCCAAUUUCCAGUUCUCCUCUUGUUUUGACUCGAUACCAUUUCGAGUAUCAUUUCGAGUAUCAUUUCGAGUACCAUUUCGAGUAUCGCCAAACCUUUUCGACGCUAGCCGUUUCUUCACCUUCUUCAAUUAUUUGGUAACUGGUAGCAUCCUUUAUUCCUGUUUCUUUUGUUCCUUUAAGUUCAAGGUUCUCUGUUGACGUUGGCUUGUCAAACUUGCACUCUGGCCAGUCUUGUCUUGACUUCUUCCGAAAUUCGGGCCCAUUCCACCGUAAGUCUGCGCUUGCUAACUAUUCUGCUGUCAGGUCACUUGUUCCAAGGUCGGCGGGGUUUACAUCCGUAGGAACAUAGCGCCACUGAUUAGAAGCAGAGAACUCAUGAAUUUCUCCAACACGAUGGGCUAUGAACAGCUUAUACUCUCUACUCUGAACUUGGAUCAGUACCCUACAAUCAUACUGUCCACCCAAUAGGUCACUCCAUUUGUAGAUAUCUUGAGUGCAGAGCAAACUUGUCUUGUUAAUCGUAAUCCGCUGAGUGCACCCAAAAGCUCUAAUCUGGGGAUGAUCACUGCUUUCAAUGGUUCAAGCGUUGACCUCGACAUAAUCAAUCGAGCAGUGAUGUUGCCAUCCUCAUACACAUGACGUGCGUAAACUACAGCUGUAUAUGAGUUCUCUGACGCGUCACUGAAUGUGUGAACGCUCAGUUCUUCCACCUUAGGACUUGGGUCUUUCAAACAUCUUGGGAUUUUCACAAGUUCAAGGUCUUCCAAUUCUGGAAACCCCUUUGUCCAUUCUCGCUGAUGAGGUGUCGGCAACAGUUCAUCCCAUUCCCGUGCCUCCAGCUAUGCCUUUUGUAUCAACAACUUGGACCUGAUUACAUAAGGUGAUAAGAAGCCUAAUGGGUCGUAAACUGAUGCUGGUCGCCUUAAAACAUUCUUCUGAUGAAUUCAAAUCCAUCUAACUGUAACGAGUGUCUCAAGGAAACUUCGUCGUCUGUGGCGGCCCACAGGACGCCCAGAGUCUUGCUAAUUGGCAAUUCUCUCUUCUCCAAGUCUAUCUCAGAAGCCCUAUCUUCUUCUGCAACGUCAGCAAUUACUUCCGGUUCAUUCAAGAUCCAUUUGCGGACAUGAAAACCAGCCAAGUGCCCUAGUUCGGUAACCUGCUUUCUUGUUUCCUUCGCAUCAUCCACCGUAGGUGCGGAUGGCAUCAGAGCAUCCAUUUAACAGUGUUCUAAAACUGCAUUAGCUCCCGAUGGGUAAGUCUCCUUGUAAAGUUUGGUAUGAUGUUGCCAAGGAAACUGGACACAAAAUGGGCAGUAACACCCUUCAAAAAUAAACCUCUUAAACUCGUAAACCUUUGGUGUACCCCCACUGUCCAAGUUCCUGUGUAAGAAUCUGUGCAGGGCCCUGUCCUUUGGUCUAAGAAGUAUCUAGUGAUACAUUUGGCUCACAUCACCAGCCAAUGCAACCGGCUCUUUUCUAAACUUAACUAAAACAUCCACUAUGUCACUUUGCUACUUAGGACCCGGUAGUGAUUCACUGUUCAAACUCUUUCCAUUUUGCUGAGCUGAGCCAUCGAAACAACCCGAACUUUGGCUGUGGCCUACUCUGGCCUUACCACAGGGAAAUGUGGAAGGAACCAUUCUGAUGGUGGUUUUGGCUCAUCCUCUGGGACUUCUCUGAUAUAUCCUUUACUUAAGUAGUCAUCACCCACUGAUUGGUAAGCCUGUGCCAGCUUCUCAUCUUGCAUUAACUUUCUCCCAACUGUGUGAAGGCGUUUCUCUGCCAUCUGUCGGUUUGGGGGUAAUUCUGGUCUUUCAUGUUUCCAAGGCACAGCAACUUCAUAUCUUUCACCAUCAAACCUGAUUGAUUCCUUCACUUUAUCAAAGGCUAGUUUCUCUUCGGGGGAAAGUGGUUGUUCCACCUGCGGUGUGAUCCCAAUAGCCUCAAGGCUCCAAAAUUGUUUCAGCAGAUAGUUCAGAUCUCCAUCAAUACACUCUGACUGCUAUAUGCGAUAGGCGUUCAGGUAACCAGUGUUACUUGCUCCAUGUCCCUCAGACGUACCAGUGGUACCAAUUGCUGUCCACCCCAAUGGACACAGUCUGGCACUAGGUUCAUUGUCGCCUCCACGAACCUCUUUCAUAGGAAACAGCAGGUUGUAAUAAUCUGAACCAAUAAGAACGUCAAUUACACCCCUUUUUCCAAGCUUAGGAAAAGGAAUGUCCGUUAAAUCUUUCCACUGGUCUUUGAUUUGCAGCCAGUUGGUGGGUUUCAUCCCACCACAGAUGUUAUUAGACGUUUUUGAAACAAUGACUGUGUCCACCCGACCAUCCAGACUCUCCAAGCAAAUCUCCAUGGUUGCUGACAUUAAAUUGACGUUCUGGGCCGGGUUGUUCAAAGCUGGGUUAAGAUAACCCGGGGUUAGUGAGAAGUUUAAAUUCAGAUUUGAAAGCUUAAAAAGUAAAUUCAGUUUAAUUCUUUCCCUCAGCAAGUUGAUGAUUGGAUGCUCUUAAAAAUAACGGAGAAAAUUAUCCGAGAAAAUGCUUUUAAAUAAAAGAAAAAGAAACCCGGGUUAAAUUUAACCCUGGGUUAAGUGCUAAUCGGCCUUCGAACAACUGGGCCCUGUCCUUUAGCAACAUUGAUAAUUACUUUUUCCUCCCUACCAUCCAAGCCCAGUUCCUCUACCACAUCCUCAUUAACAUACGACGUAUCACUGCCUUCGUCCAAGAAACGAUUAACUUGCAAGCGCCUCUCCCCAUGUUUCAGAAUGACAGGAACAGUACGCAAGGCAUGCGCAGUACUCGUCUGCCCAUGUUCUUGCAUUGUUUCAUAUGUACUGGAUUUGUUUUCCUCUGUCACGGGUGUGUCAGCCUUCCCCUCCAUGGACCCAGAAGCUACUUUCUCCACGUGAAGUAACCGAUGGUGUCUGACCUUGCAUCCGUCAAUUCCAUACUCUCUGUUCCAACUACAUGAGUCACCAAGGUGCCCUUUCCCCAAGCUACGGUAACACAGUCCAAGUUUCUUUACCGUCUCCCAUUUCUUUCUAUGUUCCAUUCCCUUGAACAGAUCACAUUUCCAAAUUGGGUGUUUUUGGUUGCACACUUUACAGGGACGAUCACGUUUCUCUCCUGCGGUCCCAAAAUAAGACCUGGCUGAGCUCUUUCCUCAUGUAUUUCCAACACUGAACAAACCAUGCGUAAUUUCUGAUGCUUGUACCUGGUACUCAGCUUCCUCAGCAGCCGAGUGACGCAGCUCUUCAAGAGACUCUAUGCUUCCCUUUUCUUUAAACCAUCGGUAGUACUGGCUAAGUAGAGCUUGAGGACGUUUUUCCAGCACAAUUGCAGACAAUGUUCCCCCUCGAGGUCAGCAAACUUCUUAUUUUCCUUUAAAGAAACCACAGUCCUCUCCACUAUGUCGGCAAAUGUUUCUAGCUCUCUUGGAUUAUCAGCGUUUAUUGGCCUCAUCUUACGUAGUUCAUCGAUAUGAGCUUGGACCUGUGGCCUGUUUCCCCCAUUCUUUCGAUUCAGCCUUGCCUUAGCCGCUUCGUACGCAUGAUCAGAGUAACCUAGUAAUUUCACCAUUUCGGCCGCCCCUCGUUCUAAACAACUUUCGAGUCGCAACAUUUUAAACUGAGCUGACAAAUUUGUUUCAUCCACACAACUGGAAAACGCUGCCCAACACGACUGAUAUUCUUUCUUGUCGCCCGAAAACUUUGGGAUUCAAAUCCGCUGGAGCCGUUUGUUUGCAUCGACCACGGGACCAUCUUUGCCAUAUGUGCUGGAGAGCAAACGUCGCACUGGGACAGGACAAACAAAGGAAAUUACCAUUUAAAAUGUUUGUCUUGUCCCAGUGCGACUUUUGCUCUCCAGCACGGCGGUUUUGUAUCACGUGAAUGGCUAGCUGCAAAGGGUCUAUUCCUCAAAAACAGGUUGGGGGGAGGGUGGUCUAACUUUUUAAGCUUUCAAUUUAACACAAAUUAAAAUGAGGACAGACUUCCUGGAGUCUUCCUGCGUAUAAGUUCAAUAACUUUAAAUGAUGAUUGGAGUCAUUAAUUGUCACGUGACCUAUUAAGGCUAUUUUUAGCUCAAAAAUCUAUCGGGCAAUAUGGCACCACUUUUCGUUACUUUCUGGAAGUUGCAGUUAUUGUCAUAGUAAUGAAACCAGUAGGUACAUCAUUUCUGUGGCCGGGCUUUUUGAGUUAAUCUUUAAGACAGGGACGAAACUCGAAAAGCGUUUGAUAAUGGGACUGGGUACUAGGACACAAUUCUAUUUAUUUACACUUUCAAUAAAUUGUUCAGCAAAGCCCGAGCAUAGAUGUGAAGUCAGUCAUCUAGUGACUUCAGUUAGUACCAAUUUCUUUGAUUCAAGUUUUUUCCUGCGCAAAAUAGGCGUUAAACCUCACGUGACCUAAUUUGCAUAUUCUUCUACACUGAAUGGCAUAAACUUUUGAAAUUCAUUAUCUUACUCACGUUUUGCCGCUAUAAACCUUAAUUAAUCCUUAAAAUGUAGAAAACCCUUCAACGUUUUGAAGGAAAACACCCAUGCCUUAAUUUCCUUGAGGAAAUGAUUGGAUACUUUAUUUUACACUUAGUGAUCUGUAAUUUCUAUAAAUUCAUUUUUGACAGAUCACUAUUGCUUGCAUUUAGGCGAGGAAGACAUUUCGCUAUGUCUGUCAUAAAGAACAAGAAUCCCAUAGGCGUGCAUUCAUAGACCACCCCGAACAAAACGAAAUUUUGUGCCACCAAAUUCAUUUUUUUAACAAACAAUGUUUUUUAUGUGGUGUCUUUUCUUUCAACGAAGACGCGCUAAACUAGGCAACAGUGUUCAUAUCGGUCAACUGCCUUCUUGUCGCAGAAUUUGAGAUCUGCCCUCAACAUAUGAAAAGAUCGAUUUUUUUUAAUAACAUAGGGUAUCCAAUCGUUUAACGCGGUAGCUAAAGAGCAACGUUCAUAUGGAGUCGUCGUUUGAAAUAUAACCAUCAAUCCGAUUCCAUAUUGCAGUGUUUCCAGAUCAAGGGAGCAUUAACCUCAUUGAUGAAUAUGGCAUCAUCAAAUCGCUUGGACGCUCUUCCAUUAUGUACACUGCUUGCUCAUCAUUUGCUGCACUAUCAGGAAAUUCAGACUUAAAAUUACAUUCUGAAAAUCAAGAGGAUGAUGAAAUAGGAGAAGAUACAGAGGACGAAGACUGGGAUCGGGACACCACAGACGAAGAAAGAGACGACGAAUUUGACAGUGAAGAUGAAGGAGACGAUGUUGAACCCAUCGAUCAUUUACUGAAGGUAAACAAGGCUUUGUUAUAUCUCGUUUUAAGAUAGGAUAACUGGCUUCGUUUUGCUCGUAAUGUUAUUUUUGUAAUGAUUUUGAAAAUAACCGCUUAUUUUCAAGCAGGAAAGAUUUCGCCGUGGGGCAACCACGAUGGCCACGCGCCGGCAGUGAACGAAAACAGGCGAAAGCCUCACUUAAAAAGUGAAAAGUGAAUUCGCGCUGCUCGAGACUUCCUCAGUACUAUUCCACCUUGUUCAAUUCGCCAACAAGACCGUGUCCAAGUUCAGAAAAUUUACAGAAAAAAAGACAAUCGUUGUCUUUUGUCGUCCUCCAUAAAAAGGGGAAUUUAUUGGAAGUUUCACGUCGUAGUCGUGCAAUGACAGCAUACAAAUGUACCAAAAAGAGUGCCGUAGGUGCAGAGUAGUUGCUUUCUUUAUUUAACCCUUUUGCUUUUUUUGCCGUUAUCGUUGCCAUCGCUGCUGCCGAUGCUAAAGCUCGGCCGGGAGUCCCUUGUCACCGGUAGAGAUGAGAAACAGGCUUAGACAAAGUCGGAGUAGAUUGUAUACUCCCUUUGGCCUUCAUAGUUAUGUAGCUCAUGUCAGACUGGAGAGCAGAGAACUGUGAGUGAGGUCUAUCCAGAUAUUUUCUAGUAUGUAGCCUUCGUUCAGACGUUAAAAUGAUAAGGGGAAUUCGGGCGUGCAAAAACGGAAAGGGCGUGCGAGGAAGGAAAGAAAGGGGCGAAAGAAAAGUUCUUCUUCUCUCGCGCGCCUGAAUUUCCCGGUUCCACCUUCCCCUUCCCAUUCGUUUGCAUUAAGAAUUAAAUACUUGCCAAUAACCACCAUUAAGUCCUUCAGUAGCCCAAAAAGUUGUCCAAGCACCCGUCAAAAUAAGGAAGAAGGAGAAAUUCGGAGUUUCUGAAUUUUUCCCAAUAGGUUUUUUUGGCUGGUAUGUUUUAUUUUCCCAAUUCAGACCAUGUGAUGUUCUCUAGAAAAUUUGUCUUUUGUCUUUUCACUAAUUCUGCAUAGUCUACGUAUACUUGUGGAUGCACCUACAUAGGACGACAUUUCUCUUGGGUAACAUCAUGAGUUCUGAACUGGGAAAACAAAACAUAAAAGCUAAAAAGGUCUAUUGAUUUACAGAUAAAAAGUGCAUGGCUACCUCUUUUCUCCCCCACCCUUCUUUGCGUUAGAAUGAAAAUGGCCUUUACCAUGCAGAUUGUUCGCCAAGAUGUAUACACAGACAUGAAUGUGGUCCCAGUUCUUCCCCUGAAGAAACGCGAUUUACUAGGACGAGUUCAGCGCAUCAAUUCUUAUGCUUUAGAUUUCUUCAAGCAUGGAUCUGCCAAAUGCAUUGAGAAAGAAAACAGGUUUGUAUUCGUAAGCAUUUACAUGGGUUAAGGUAUUUGUACUAACUCUUACAUUAGUUACAGUCAGCGGAAGUCUUGAAGUAGUACUUCAAAAACACCAAAACUCCAGAUGCCGAAUGAUUUCAUAAACGGAACCCCAGCAGUGAUCCCCAAAUACGUGAAGAAGAGACCCAAUGCAAAAAUGAUUGCUGGAUUAAUAUCCUUUUGUACAAAUUAAAAUUAGCCAGACUAGCCUCGUUCUCCAGUACCAAAUACAAAAGGAUACAUUAUCCCAAGCGAGGCUAGUCAGGCUAAAAUAAUUUGAACAAAAGAAUAUUUAUCCAGCAGCCAUUUUUGGAUUGUGUCCGUGGCAUGUGGGAUGCUAACUAGAGUCAUUUUGAUGAACUUACACCGUGGCAGGGCUGGGCUGGCUCAGGCGGUAGAGCGCUGAGCUGCUGCUCAACGGGGUGUCGCGGGUUUGAUCCAGGGGCCGCUGCCAUUUGCCAUGCAAACGGUUAGAUCUUCCCGUAACUUGGAUGACCAGGUAGAAUUAGUGGCUUUCACAUUACGUCGUCGAAAUUCAAAGCUAAAGAAUUAUCAAUCCUCCUGAGUUUUAACUUUGAAGAAGUAUAAGGGCAGCUAAAAACAAUUAUUUACAAAGAAUUUCACUUCGAAAGGGUUCUUCGAUUUUUGAUAGAGUACGCUUGAAUUUCUAAGCUUUUGCGUGAAACGGCAUUUACUUAGAGGCCGAGAGAGCUGUUAGCUAGGUUAAAAAGUGACUUAUUUUGGGAGAUUUUGCUAACUUAGCCUUCAUUGUAUUAGAAAAAUUAUUACUUUAAUGUUGAUGAGUUUCUUGAGAGAUGAAUUCAAGCUUUCGUAGCAAAACUCAGUGGCAGAUGUUUCUGUUGGUUUCCGGUCGCCAUGGGGUUGGUGCCCAAAGUGGUGUCUCCAUACAAAGCUCUACACCAGGUCCCAGUUGUUCAAAAGGCGGAUAGCGUUAUCCACUGGAUAAUUCACUAUCCAGUGGAUAGCGCAAUUGGUUUUCGUAAUACUUAUCCACUGGAUAGCGCUGUCCACCAGGCCCGGGUUGUUCAAACGUUGGAUAGCGCUAUCCACCGGAUAAAUCACUAUCCAGCGGAUACCGUAAUUGAUUUCCGUAAUACUUAUCCGCUGGAUAGUGAUUUAUCCGGUGGAUAGCGCUAUCCAACGUUUGAACAACCCGGGCCUGGUGGAUAGCGCUAUCCAACUUUUGAACAACCAGGGCCUCCUCUAUAAAUUCGGGUAAAUCAUGUAUACGAAUAUCUCGCCUAUGAAAAAUUGCACCGACCUAAAUCAUGGCGAGGCUCUUAACCCAUUUACCUCAGAGCAUCUCCCAGAUUGUGGACUAUUUGAAAGUUUUUCAUGAGAAAGGAGUUCGAUCCCGGCACACGAAGUUUUUGCUGUACUAACACAAACGGCCAUUUAACCCCCUCCAAUGGCCGCAUACGAGAACCAUGGCCAUAACCAGCCAUUCCGGAAGGUGUCCGCUUACGAGAGCUUCCAUUGUAGGUAAUAUAACGUUUAACAUUCUUACGUUUCUGUCAUAGAAUCAGGCCUGGUGAAGUUUUCAAUGCUUUAAAGGACUUUUAUCUAGUAAUUAGAUCAAUCAGGUACGGAGGAACUCUUAAUAAUCCUUUACACAAACCAACCGGUUGAUAAUCUCCCGCGUAAAAAUUAAAACGGUAGAAAUGAUGCAUCGCCUCAAUUGAUUUUGAAGUUUAAAAUUCGCAAGAGGAAUGGUGCAAAUACGAUUAUUGAUCUUUACAUAUGUAAUGAAACUUUAAAAAUAACCCACAAUCCUGAUAGGACGUUGCACUAUUAGUAUUUCUGAAAAGAGAUCCCGAUUUACCGGCCAAUUUUCGCGCAGUAAGUGCUGCUUUGAAAACUCUAAUUUUUGCAAAGGUGUCUUUCAACAGCGCAAAAAUUUUGAACGCUAUUUUCUUGAAAACUCCAUACAAGGAAAAAAACUUAGGGAAAUUACUGAUUUUAACCAGCUCUUUGAUUUCAGUUGGCCAUUUGCAUGAUGGCGUAAUUUUACUACUAUGACCAGAAUCCUUUUCGUUUUUUCUUUCGUAUUUAAAUUCCCUUAUCCCAGGGAGGUUUAAAUAACAAAAGCCCUAACUUGCACAAGAAAACAAAAUUAUGAAGGAUUGCGGUCGUGGUAGUAAAAUGACGUCAUCGUGCAAAUGGCCUAAAUGGUGUCUGUAUUUGUUUAAUCAAGUGACUUUUCAUACUUGAAAGAAACAUGCAUGUACGUACUUCUCAACAAAAAUUAACGUCUUUUAAUUCUUGAUUUGGUUUUUAGUUGUUCAUUAGAGGAAUUAGGUCCUGAAACGGACAACGUGGUGCUAGCGUUUAAGCAGCUGGCCGAAGAGUUUGGAGCGAAAUUCAGGAAACAAUAUGACGUUGACAUUUAAAUUUCUCCUUGCCAAACCACUUGUAUGGACUUAAGAGUGACUUAAUAUUGGGUAACUUUUUUAACCUGCAUCAGCAUGUCUCCAAUAAGAAUGCUGAUAGGAAGGAUCUAUAGCUUCAUUUAUUUGUUCUACUAUUUCAGGCUAUGAACGAAGAAAAAUGUAAACAUUUAUAUAUAACACUUUUCAGCAUUAGCGAAAUGUCAUUUUAAGAGAAGUGCAAUAAUUUGGUAUACAGCUGAUUGAAAAAAUGUUGUGGCUUGAAAAGUGUAAACCAUGGAUGAUGAGACCUAAUGGUUCAUGGCUAGAGGUUUAUUGGCAUCGCAAAUUCAAAGUUCUUUAUAGAAAACUUACAUUAUCACGAGUUUCUUGUGCCGAUCGGAUGCAUUCCAAAAAGUUUCAAACGGUUUCCAGUUUUCUUUAUAGGCGAUAAGCCGAAAACUUCACCCUUGGGGAUAUGCUACUUCAAGGAUCUCUUUAGCUAUAGUUAUUUCUCUAGGCACAUCGCCAAAGUACACCGUUGAAAAUCACAAGAUGAAACCCAAACGUUUUCUGGAAAGAGUAAACGAAAAAACGGAAUGCCUCAAAGAAAGUACUCAGACCCAUAAUUUGCACCCGCACCAGACGCUCUUGAUAAUCAGGAUAAUGUAAGCUUUUCUAGAAAAAAAAAUUGAAUUUGCUUUGCUAACGUUUGCUCAUAAAUUCUUGAAACCCCAUCGUUUCGUGGUUUAUAUUUUUUUAAGCUGCAACGAUUUUUUCAUCAGGUAUAUAGGGCAGUUGAGCAGACGGCUCGAAAACGUUUUGAGGUUGUUUUGUCCAGAAUAAAUAAAUUAAGUAAUUUAUUAUUGUUAACUGAAUUAUCAAUAAACAGUAAACUGAAGAGGCACGGAUCAGGACUAUUCUUUUUUUAUAUUUACAGGAACAAUUGUGU